CUCGGAUCAGUAAUUCGGAUUUUUUUUUUUUUUUUUCUCCUAUGCGGUUAAUGGCAGAUUCCUUGCUGUGAUAACACUGCUUCUGCAAACUGCCAUGAAGUACACCGUCUAAUAAAGCAGGCUAGCCGUGCUAGGAGUAGCAGUCCACACGAGCUGCACUGGCCGUGAGAGCCUGUACCUGCCGAUUAGUGGACACCUUACUCUGUUGCCUCUUGCUCUAGAGUGGUUUGAGGAAAGUUACAGUUUUUCCAUUCUCUGCCUCCUCCCCACUCGGUAAAAUGUAACCAGCCCCAGGAUACAUUUAAUGAUCUGCUGUGUGAAGUAUCUUGCCAUUCUUCAACUUCUUCCUUAGUAGAAGGACUUCCAGUCAGUGCUCAGUGAGGGUGAGUAAUAAUGUUUCUUGUAAAGGGUGGGCUACUAAAUCUUUUAUCAAUUUGUAUGUGUAACUAGCAUAUGACUUGUUUCCUGUAGUAACACUUUACAGUUGCCCAUGAGAAUUUAAAUGAUGAGAGACAAAAUGUUUAUGCUAUCUUCUGUAGUCUGUCUUUGUAAGACACUGUCAUUAAUUAGGGACUCUCUCUUACACCCACCCUAACAUUUGGAGUCUGAUACUCGAGCUCCCCUUAAGUUAAAGAAUCUCCAGAAUUCACCCAUCUAGGUAAAUACCAUCUUUAGUCCCCAGUUCUCUAACUAGAGUCUGUAGCAUUCACCCCUUUACACAGGGUUCUUCUUUAGUACCCCUCUCUCAACCCUUGUGGUUUUUGAUCGUUACUCACAGGGACCCAAAUGAUGAACUUUUUAGAAGGAUUGCAACAUAUUUAAAAGUAAAUCAGCGAUCCAUUCUACAAGUGUUAUAUAAUAAACAUUAGAUUAUUUUUUGCAAAAUGGCUUAACGAGGCUCUUUAAAAACAGGAUGUCUGGAUUGCACUGGAGAAGGCAAUGCCACAAUGGUAAACAGUUAAAUAUGGGCAUUUGCCUGGGGUAUGAUCAACAUGAUGUGCUUAUCCCAAGUAUUGGAGAUCCAGGCACUUGGGGCAAAAAUAAGCCCUGAAUCAGGGGUUAAGAAAGCCUGCCUUAGCCAGAGACCCUAACAUUCACCCAUCAAGCUAAGAACAAUUUAUCAUAUUCUCCCCUUUUUAUUAAAACUCGAUUUUACACUCACUUUGCUAGUUGACUCCAGUUACUGACUUUUAUAUUGUGGUUAUUCCAAUUUGCAUAUUUGCCUUAAAAAAAAACUCCAAUGUAACCAGCCUCAGGAAACAUUUAAGGAAAAGCACUUAAGCUUUUCUAGAUUGUAAACUCUUUCAAACAGGGUCCUCAUCCACAUAUUGUUCCUGUAGCAUUUUGUAAUUAUCUUAUAGAUGAUAAUAAUAAUAAUAAUGCGUGAAGAGUAUGUCCUCUUUUUGUACAAAAAGGACAGAUUUCAAUAGAAAUUGACAUUUUUAUAAAUUAACCUUGUUACAUUCCCUGGCUGUUGAUAAGACAACCGGUUUGGUUAUUUCCUGGUCGUUUAGCCCAGUGGAACUAAACUUAAAGGGGCACUCCACUGUCCAAAUGGAAAAAUAUAAAAUCAAUAACAAUCACUGUUUAGUAGAUAUAAUCCAAAUAAAAACAUGCAUACAUUUAAAUAUGCAUUUUUUCAUUGGAGUUAUAUCUACAACAGUUUGCAAAAGCUACAGACCUCUUGUCUUCUUUCUUUGCAAGCCCUCCCCUUCUAAUCUCGCCCAGACUUUCUAUGGCUGUCCAAUCACAGACUUCCCAAUGCAACUCAAUGAGAAGUCUUUGCAAGGCAGAUACUGUGAACAAUUCACUGUCUCUUGUGUUUAGCUCCACUGAGCUGACUAACCCAGGAAGCAACAGGACCAUUGUUCUGCUUGAAAACCAGGGGGCGUAACAAGGUUAAUUUAUAAAAGUCCAAUUCCUAUUCAUAUCUGCACUUUUUGUAUAUUAAUAAUAAUAAAAAAAGAGGACGCACUCUUCAUACAUAAAGCAUUUCAGCAAGCUAAAGUGCUUUUGUAGUCCAGGGUAUCCCUUUAAGAGGAAGGCAAUUUUCCAGAGCACUUGUCUUGCAAAGACUUCUUAUUGAGCAGCAUUGGGACGUUUGUGAUUGAGGAUCUAUAGAAAGUCUGAGCAGAGUUAGAAGGGGAGGGCUUGAAAAAUCUGCAUACAAUGGAUUUGCAGCUUUGGAAAGCUGUUUUUACAUAUACCCUCAAUGAAAAUAAUGCAGUAUUAAAUUAAUAUUUUUGUUAGGGGUAUAUUAUUAUUAUUAUUAUUAUUAUUGCCAUUUACAUAGCUCCAACAGAUUCCGUAGCGCUUUACAAUGUUAUGAGAGGGGGGAUUUAACUAUAAAUAGGACAAUUACAAGAAAACUUACAGGAACAAUAGGUUGAAGAGGACCCUGCUCAAACAAGCUUACAGUCUAUAGGAUAUAAACAGAAUAGUGAUUUAAAAAAAAAAAGUUUUAGUUUUUUUUCAUUUGGGGAGUGUAUUGCCUCUUUAAUGUGAUUUAGCUGUGUUACACUAGCUUACGUAUGGUGUUUUAGUUUCUCAACAGACAGAAGUAUACUUUGGCGGGAACUAGCCACUUUAUUUACACAAGAUUGCCUAAUUAUUGCAAUAUUUCAAAGAUUCCACAGGCGUUAUGAUGUCAUAAUACUUUCCUGUGAUUCAGGAUGUUGUAUUUUGAAUUGAGAAAACUGAAAGCACUCAGUGUAUGCUUGUACUUGAAUAACACACUAUAUUAACAUACAUUCCACCAAUCCCUAUAGGACACCAAUUUCCCGCUACUGAACAGUUCAUACUGACUGCAGAGAGGACCCUUUGCUUUUGGUAUUUGGUCUCUUUUACUUUUCAUCAUAAUUGGGAAGUCUUCUUUAUAUUCUUAGUGUUAUUGAAAAUCUCAGUAAAUACUAUAAUACAAAAGAGUAGGUAAUAUAAAAUUCUAAAUGAUACUCUAAUGCACAAAAACUUGUGUAGUGGGUCUUGGUACCAAGCUGUUGUCCCUGCACAGUGACAAAUGUAAGUAUUGCCAUUUGUGAGUAACAGCAACGUGUACACAGGGCCGGUGCAAGGAUAUUUGCUGCCCUAGUCAAAAGAAAAAUGUGCUCCCCCCCCCCAUGUGAUAUUACAUUGCCCCACACAUAUGAUCUGCCAUAUGAACUAACGCAAGUGCUGCACACAGUGUGUGUUUACAUUAAAAAGCCUGCAGGGACCAGCUAUAGACACCAGAACCACUUCAUUAAGCUUCAAUGGUUCUGGGGACUACAGAGUCCCUUUAAUGUGAGGUAAAUUAGAGAUUAGUGCACUAAAAAUAUACUAGAUUGCCUACUUACCACCAGAUGAGGACAAGAGGAUGAUGAUGGGCUCAGGCUGCAGUCUGGCUCCACUGGUCUGGUGUAGAACAGGCUCUCUGGAGGCUGUUUGUAACUGUGGUAACAAAAGUCAAUGUUCUGGGGGAACUUGAAGCAGCUCCAUUUUUUGGGGCCCUUUACACAGCUCAAGGUCUGGGCCCCAGGGCCUGACAAUGAGUAUGCCCGUAAGGCCCACCCAUAAGUCCACCUACAUGUUCCACCCAUGAGUUCGCUCACAGGGAGUGGAGUGUGUAGGGGAUGUGUUAUGUGUUAUAAUAGAGAAUCUAAUAUGUGUGCUUAUGGAAUGUAAUGCAUAGGGAUACCAGUUUGUGUAGGUGAUGCAGUGUGUGUGUGUGUGUGUAAUGGAUGCAGUGUGUUUUUGUGUAAGGGAUAGAAAGCAGUGCGUGUUUGUGUGUAAGGGAUGUAAGGUGUGUUUCUGUGUAUGUAAGGGAUGCAGUGUGUGUCUGUAAGGGGUGCAUUGAGUGAGUGUAAGAGAUGCAUUGUGUAUCAGUGUGUGUUUCUGUGUGUGUAAGUGAUGCAUUGUGUGUUUCACCCCCUCCCAUGGUGGUCUCUCCUCCACCCCCCCACCUGCCCACCUCCCUUAGUGGUCUCUCUUCAUCCCCCUCUCAUAGUGGUCUCUACUCCACCUCCCUCCCUCCCAUAGUGGUCUCUCCUGCACCCCGAUCUCCCUUAGUGGUCUUUCUUCACUCCCCCCUCCCAUAGUGGUCUCUCCUCUACCCCCCACCUCCCUUAGUGGUCUCUCCUCUUCCCCCUCCUUCCCGUAGUGUUCUCUCCUCUAUCCCCCCCUCCCAUAGUGGUCCUCCUCUACCCCCCUCCCAUAGUGUGGUCCUCCCCUACCCCCACCCUCCCAUAGUGGUCUCUCCCCUACCCCCCACCCUCCCAUAGUGGUAUCUCCCCCCUCCCUUCAUGGUCUACCCCCGUUCUCCUCACCUCUUCCCCUACUCUGUGUAGCGUGGCUGAGCUCCGGUCCGGUCCCUGGUACACUUCCUGUCAGUCCAGCUGGGUAUGGAUGCUCCGGUACCGUGGACCGGUGCAGAGCUCAGCCACGCUACACUGAGUGAAGAGCUCUAUAGCGCACUCAGGCAGCUGCAGCAUGAGGGGGGGCGGCGCUUUUCCUUUAGAACUGCCUAAGUCGCCUAUAAGAUGCCCUGCGUGUACAUUGUGUAUGUCUGUCAGUGAGUGUGCAUCUAGUGGCUGUCAAUCAGACAGCAUCAAAAGGCACUUCCUAGUAAGUAAAGCGUAAAAAAAUCUACAGUCUUCAUGUUUGGUGUCAUAAUGACACUGAACCCAGUUAAGUCUUCCCAUAGAGAAGCAUUGUAAUGCUUCUCUAUGGAAAAAAAAAUGUAUUGGCACAGUGCAGCAGUUGUCAUUCAUGCACAGUAAAAUCCUUGUUGCUUCUCUGUGGAAAAGUAUUUGAUUGGCCAAGAUUAUCUGCCUGGAUGAUCUCAAACAGAGGAGGAGCAGCGGCCAUGGUGAAACAGUUAGGUAUCUAGAUGAAAGUGGAGUAUAACUUAUUCACCUUUUAAACUUUCUACUGGGGGCCCAGACACUAAAGUUAGAGUGAUCUUUUCAAUUAAAACAUGAUGGUAAGUGCAGUACCUCAGGGAUCUACCCUGGGUCCAUGUUUAUUUAAUCUAUAUACAAUGGUACCUCGGUCUACAAAUCUAAUGCGUUCUCCGGGACUUUUCUUAUUAGGGAAAAAUUUGUAAACCGAAACGCGAUUUCCAAUAGGAAUGCUUUGGAAAACCAAUUAAUCAGAAAAAGUCAAAAAGAGCUGGCAUGGAAACCAACCCACAAUGCAGAACACACAGUAAAAGGCAUGCAAAUGACAAAGCUCAGCUCCCUACCUUUCCACAGCUUGAGAAAUGCACCCAAAAAGUUCCAAAACCACUGCAAAAAAAUUUCCAGAAUGGCUCCAAAACUGGAUGCAAAAGCCGCUCUAACACCUCUUCCACCUCCACGUCCUACCCACAGACUUCAGUUUGGGGAAACUUGCUUUGUAUUGCGAAAACAAUUUGUAAACUGUGGCAUUAUUUUCAAUGGAUUUUCAUUUGUAACCAGAAAAUUAUGUUAACCGAGGCGUUUGUAAACCAAGGUACCACUGUAUUAAUGUACAGGUAGUUCCCGACUUUACGAACUAAUUGGUUCCAAAGCCUAGUUCAUAAAGUGAGAACUAAUUUCCCAUAGACCGCAAUGUAAUAAACAUGGGUUCCGUUCCUGACCAACAAAUUUUUCCAUUGAAAACCUUAUUUAUGAAGUACAAAUACAAGAUGAAAGCAUAGCAAAUACAUAUAUGUUGUAAGCAGUGGCGUACACAUGACCCAUGGGGCCCAGGUGCGAAAAUUGAUCCGUGGGCCCCCCCCCUCCUUCCCCUCCCCCCCGCGGGCCGGGCCGCAACACAUGACGGUGGGCACCUGGUCGCAGAGGUUACAGGGCUGCGACCCCUGCGACCGCGGUAUGUACGCCAGUGCAUGCAGAUGCACACACACUUAAAGGACCACUCUAGGCACCCAGACCACUUCAGCUUAAUGAAGUGGUCUGGGUGCCAGGUCCAGCUAGGGUUAACCCAUUUUUUCAUAAACAUAGCAGUUUCAGAGAAACUGCUAUGUUUAUGAAUGGGUUAAGCCUUCCCCUAUUUCCUCUAGUGGCUGUCUCAUUGACAGCCGCUAGAGGCGCUUGCGUGCUUCUCACUGUGAUUUUCACAGUGAGAGCACGCCAGCGUCCAUAGGAAAGCAUUAUGAAUGCUUUCCUAUGUGACCGCUGAAUGCACGGGAGGAGAAGAGGAGGAUCGAGGAGGAGAGCUCUCCCCCAGCGCUGAAAAGGUAAAUUUUACCCUUUUCCUUCCAGUGCCAGGAGGGCACCUCAGGGGAUUAUAGUGCCAGGAAAACGAGUAUGUUUUCCUGGCACUAUAGUGGUCCUUUAAAGGACCACUACAGACACCCAGAUCACAUCAGCUCAAUGAAGUUGUCUGGGUGUCACGUCCCUCUAGUUUUAACCCUGCAGUUGAAAACAUAGCAGUUUCAGAGAAACUGCUAUGUUUCACUGAGGGUUAAUCCAGCCUCUAGUGGCUGUCUCACUGACAGCCGCUAGAGGAGCACACUGAACGUCCAUAGGAAAGCAUUGAGUAAUGCUUUCCUAUGGGCGGUUUGAAUGCGUCAGUGGUCGCAUUCGGAGCUGAGAGGCUGAGGGAUCCUCAUCGCCAAGGGAGUCCGGCGCUGGAGAAAGGUAAGUGCUGAAGACACACACACACACACUUACAGAUGCAUACACACUAGCUAACAGACACACACAUUUACUGACAGAGACACAGUCAGCGACAGACAUACAUACACACUCACUUACAAAACAUACACUCUCAUUGACAAACACACACUCACUAACAGACAUCAGACUCACUAACACACACACAGUAACACACUCACUAGCAGACACACACACAAACACUCACACUAACUAGCAGACACACACUCUCACUCUAACACUCACACUAACACUCACUAGCAGACACACACACACUAACACUCACUAGCAGACACACACACUAACACUCACACUCACUAGCAGACACACACACUAACACUCACUCUAACACUCACACACACUCAAACACUAACACUAACACGUGUUUUUUUUUUUUAAAUUUAAUCCCCCCAGCCUCCUUACCUUUUGGAGUGCUGGGGGGAUUCCCUGGGGUCCAGUGGUGCUGCUGACCUCAGCUGGCGGGUGGCCGGUCAGGCAGGCGGGAGCGCGAGGGAGCACUCAGUGCUUCCUCUUCUGUUCCCUCGCGCGCCGCGUAGGGAUGCCGGCGCCGGAAGAUGACGUCAUCUUCCGACUCCGGUAUCAGUGCGGCGAGCGAGGGAGCAGAAGAGCCUUUCCAGGUGUCUCAUUACCCCCUCCCAGCACCUCCAGGUGUCUUAUCCCCUCUCCCAGCCCCUCCAGGUGUCUCAUUACCCCCUCCCAGCCUUUCCAGGUGUCUUGUUACCCCAUCCCAGUGUCUCAUUACCCCCUCCAAGCCCUUCCAGGUGUCUGCUUCCCCCUCUCAGUGUCUCAUUGGCCCCUCCCAGGCCCCCCAAGCCUCUCCAUGUUUAUCUUCUCCUGGCCACAAACUCUGCUCCUCGGUCUGCAUCCACGGAGAGCCACCGGCACAAAAUGUCGUCAAAAUAAAAUGGCGGCGGGUCCGUGGAGCGUUCGUAAAGGCGGGAGUACAUAAAGCGGGAGUACAGAAAGCGGGAAAUGCCUGUAUAUUAAAAUCUUAAAGUACUUUUUCACAUGGUCAUUUGUGCAUAUGACCAGGGUGUUAGAUGACAAUUUAUCCAAGGAGGUUUGGAUAAAACAGGGAAUUGAGCAGACAAGUAGAAUUGAGAUUGGUUAUUUUUACUUUUUCCAGGCAGUUUAUCUCAAUGAUGUUAAACUCAAAAGGCAAUCAAUUGCACAGAGCACCUUCCUUUAACCCCUUAAUGACGGAUGACGGACCAGAUCCGUCAUGCGUUAAAAUGAACCCCAUAUCGCCGCGAUUGCGGCGAUCACAGGUUUAACGCUCCUCCGGUCUUCCUCGAUAUUCGAGACCGGACAGGAGCACCUGAUCGUGCUGUCCCUGCAGCUGUGAUCACUCUGACAGGCUGUCAGAGUGAGAACAUGUGCUGCAGGGACUCUUGAUCUGCCUCCCUGUACUUCCGAGGUCAGUGUGAAGUGCAGGAAGACGGGUCAGUGCUGCUAAUCUUCUCCAUGUUAAAAAAUAAAUAAAUAAAAGUUAAAUCCUACCCUUCUUUCCCCUGCUACAUUUUACUGUGCUCUGAAUUUUUUUUUUUUUACCCCUGAGGGUUAACUUUUAUUAUUUUUUAACCCUCAGGGGUUAAAUGUAUUUUAUUAAUUAAUUUAAAUAUUUUAAAAUCAUAUAUUUAGCUAGCUGGGGUGGGUGGAAGUUAUUGGGGAAUUUGGUGUUAGGCUAGCUAGGGGUUAAUGUUAAAAAGUUUGAAAAAGUUUAAAAAAUCCUACAGUGAUCAAAAUACAGAUCACAGUAUUAUACUGUGAUCUGAUUUUUUUUUCUAACCAUUGACGGUUAACUUUUAUUUAUUUUUUUUAAACCUCAGGGGUGCAAUUUAUUUAAUUAAUUAAUUUAAAUAUUUUAACAUUAUAUAUUUUGUUUACUGCCAGUUAAUAUAAAAAAAGUUUAUAAAAUUUUUAAGUGUAACCACUAGCACCACCCGGAACCAUGAGGCACACCCCCUCCAGUACCCGCCCCCCCCACACACAGAAAUACAAAGAGCCAAGACCACCAACCAUAACCCCCAACCACCCAAACUGAGAGAACCCCCAGACAAAAAUUCCAAAGGACCGACCAGAACCCCCAAUCCCGGACACCCUGAAACAAAAACAACGGAACCCAACAUAGCCGUUAAACUAGAAAGCAGCUGAAACAGCCAAAGUCCUGCGACCACACAACAAAACCACCACACCAACAUCCCCAGAAGUAAGCACAACCACAACGCAACACUAACAAGGGGCACCCAGCACACACAUAAACAUUAGAAAACCAACAGACAGGAAACCAUAAAAGUGGGCCGCAAAAUAGAAGCAACACAAGACGACAGCCGCAUAACAUAUUCCAACUCGGACUCACUAACAAGCCAAAAACCCACACAGGUCGACACACUCACUAACUUAACAGGUCACCCCUUACAACAUGGACCACACCCAACCCGAUAAGCACAUAGGAAACAGUAGGUGACUGUAACCUACCCCCCACCCUCCCCUAUCUCGGUACCCCUCUUACACCCCCAGACAUGACAGAGAGCCAGACAACUCGACUAAACCCGAGCAUACGUAAUACCUGAACGAAGAAGCAACGCAAAACAGGCAAGAAAAUGUACCCCCAAAUGCCUGCCCCUACACUCCCACCCAAUGGAACAAUAUUCACCAUCAUCGCAUGACACAAUCUAUCACGGACACAACACCACGCAAAAGGCUCACACAGACCCAGAUACACCAACAUAAAGAGAACCUGAAUGAAUCAGCGAAACAACAGAAACUGUAUGUAAAUGUACCCUACCCACCUCCCUUCUUUUUUCUGUACCCCACCCAAACCCCAAGGAAAAGUUGAAAGACAUGCCACAUGAUAUAGCCUGGUCAUAUGCUACGUGACAAUAUGAUAACUCUGUAAACCAUGUAUAACAAUUGUAUCGCCAACUUUUCCUUUCUGUACCCCCCACUCUAAACGACAAGAAAUCUUCAAAAUAAAGAAUUUAUAAAAAAAAAAUUUUAAGUGUAAAAAAAAAGUUUUAAGAAAGUUUUAAAAAAGUACAAAAAAUGUAUACGUUUUAAAAAGUAAACAAAGCUUAAUUUAAAAAAAAAAAUGCUCAUUACCACUACACCUGGAACAAACUAGCAAAGAAAUUAUACCACGCUAAGGUUCAGAAUAUGCCUUUUGAAUAACUCCGGGGUGUAUUCUUUAAUAAAUAGUAUGUGUUUGUGGGGAAGUUUGAUUAACCAACCCGCUAAACUACUCUGAAAUGAAAUAUGGACACAGCGUAAAACUUCAAAGUUAGAAACAAACUGAAUGGCUGCGUCUCAAAUGUGCCCCUUCAGCAUCCACAUAUACCUGGCAAAUGUACAUACAGGGGUAUUGCUGUACUCAGACGACAUAGCUGAGCAACAUAUGAAGUAUUAUACAGUCGUAGCAGAUAUAAAGUUUGCAAAAUAUACUGCGCAAACUCACUUUGUGUGUCAAAAAGUCUGAAAAAAUGCUUAUUACCACUACACUUGUUACAAACUAGCAGAAAAAUUAUCCCACGCUAAGGUUCAAAAUAAGCCUUUUGAAAUACCCUGGGAUGUCUUCUUUAAGAAAUGGUAUGCCUUUAUGGUGUAGCUGGAAUAUGUAGUCUGCUCAAGUGCUCCAAAGUGGGACACGAACGCUUCAAAACUCUCCAUGAAAAUUCACUCUUAAAAACCUGAACUUGUCACGUCUCUUUUACAGCACUGUAACUACACAAAAUAGUGUAUAGGUCAUACAUUGGGCAUAUUGGUUUACUCAGAAAAUGUAACUAAGCAUAAUUUGGGGUUUUUUAUGACAGUGGUACAUAUCAAGUGUAAGAAAUACUCAGCAAAAAUGCAACAUAUAUGUAAAAAUGCAUUUUUUCCCCUCACCACAAACAUUGACAUAAAUUGGUGAAAAAAUGGUGACAAUUUAAGGCACAAUAUAUGCCAUAUAAGAUACCCCGGGGUGUCUGCUUUAUCAAAUGAAAGCCCUUUGUGGGGUUAUUUGAACAGUCACACUGUUAUAUGUGUGUAUGCCAAAAUGGUGAAAAAACACAAUUUUACUCCAAUAUAGACAUAUAAAUGAAUUUAUUUUGAAUUACUUUUUCUAAGCUGGACAUAUUAUGCACACACUAUUAUUGCCAAAACUUUCCCAUUUUUUGGCAUUUUUUUAGAAUGAAUGAGAAUUUGUCUAUGUAUAUGUGACAUCAAAUUAAAGCCCUUUUUGCCCUCUAAAAAAACGAUAUAUAAUAUAUGUUGGUGCAAUACAUGACAGAGAUGCAAAUUGCGUUUGAACACAAACAGCAAAAAAAGCAAAAAUGGCUUGUGUAAUAGAUCUGCACAUAUUGAAAGCUAAUAUUUUAUAUAUCCCCAAAGAAAACAUGCAAAACAAAUUAUAUGUGUAUUUUCCUAGGACAAAGUCUUCUAAAUUGGUAUUUAUUUAUGGAGUGUUCCCUUAAAUGUAAAGUUUCACUGGUUUUCAAGAAGGCAGUAUUGAUAAUAGUAUACUUUGUUUUUUUAAAGCACCAACUCAUUCCACAGUGCUGUACAUAGGUACAAUUGAUACAAGGUAAAAUACAAAGGCACAAUACAUUUGAGACAAUACAAAGUGUGACAGACAAAUACAGGAGGAGUCGAGGGCCCUAUUCCCGUGGGAACUUACAAUUUAGAUGGAUAGGAGGGGUGAGAAACAGAAGGCGGAGAUUGCAAAGUUAAGAUUGAUUUUAAUACAGAGUAAGAUGACAGUAUUUAUUGGUUAAAUGGUAUGCGUUACAGAGCUGAUUGGUAGGCUUCCCUGAAUAAUAAUGUCUUUAUGGAGUCCUUAAAGCCUGGGGGUCCAAUCUUUUGGCUUCCCCAGGCCACAUUGAUCUAAGAGGAAUUGUCUUGGAUCACACAUAAAAUAUAUAAUAUAAUUAAUUUACAUAAUAAAAUUUUAAAAGCCUUUUUCUUAACCCUUACUAAAAGGUAUUUGUUUGUUUAUUCUUUUGAAUUUACACAAUCCUUUCUUUGCGGGCUGAGGACAUAAAGAGAUAGCUAAAAUAUACGCCUCCAUGUCUGUAAUAAAAUCAUGAGUUUACAUCAUCUAAAUAGUAAAGUCUAGUGAUAAAUAAAUAGUACAGCUAGAUAGAUCUCUAAAAACGUUAGCUGUGUGUAAUAUUAGACUUUCCAUUCUUUUAUAUGCUUGACUCUCUCUCUUCAAAACUGUCAAAGGUAUCCAGACUCUCUCUGUAUUGGCAGAAUGCCAGGAAUUUGGCUUUCGAUUAGACCCAGUUGGCACACUUUGCCUACCCAUUUUCUGAUUCAAUGGACUUUAAAAGCUCAGAUUUCUUUAAUCCUGCCCACUGCUGUUAUGCCUGCAUUCUGUUGCUGCUUUUAAUACUCCAGGUCUUGGCAGAUUUGCAGCAGGUAAAUUACAUGUUUCAGUUUAUUUUAUUAAUAUUCUGCUGUCCAAUGAAAUACAUUUGAGUCAAUUAUGGCAACUGAAUAACCAUACUAACAAUGGGGUCUGUACACAGUUCUAAGGAACAAUGAAUUGUCAGGUGUGUUACUUCAUAUGGGGGUUUACUUAGCUUGCUGUACUUUAUUGGUAUUGUAUUUAGUUGUUUUUGUAUAUAAUACAAAGUAGAGGCACAGAAUCCACUAAUAACCCUUGACUGACUAAAAGGUCAUAUUUAUGAUACAAUAAGAUAUGAAAUAUUUGUGGAUUUCACAACAUUUUAUACCACCUAGAAAAAUAAUUAGAAGAUGCUUCUGGUCACGGCAUACACCAUCAAUGAGCAUAUAAGGAGAGAAAAACAAGAAUAAUAAAGUAUAGUAAUUUAAAAAAAAAUUAUUUACUUUUUUUAUUGACACAGUAAGAAAUGACAGUACAAUGUACAAUACAGGUUAUUAUAAAUCAGUCCAACAUUGUAAAUGGAUAAAUGAAUAAAGAUGAAGAAAUGACAUAAUGCACAAUGAGUGCUAGCCUCAUUUUACUUUUUUUUUCUUAGAAAGUAUCAGCACCACACCUACAGACAUCGGAAAUAUUUACUAAACAAAUAUCAAACAAGCCCUUACAGCUUAUAAAGGAGAAUCAUGAUAUGGUGACUCAGCUAAGGUUCAACACUGUCUCCAAAUAUUUUAACUGAAAUAAAAUACAAAACAACAAUGAAAGAGAGUCUCGAAAGAGGUUUUAUUGUAGGAAAGACAGAGUAGGGUGUUAACUACCUGAAGAACAAAUUGGGCUGUAUGCAGGUCACAUCAGACAAAAGCAAAAUAUUAGCCCUUCAGGGGUGCACAGGGGUCAAUGCUCAACACUGGUAUUAUUCUCUGGAAUUGUAAUGACAUGUGGAGUUAAUUUAAUCAACAUCAAAAUAAAAGCAAUAAAAACUAUAGCAAAUUAAAAUAAUUGAAACAUGAAUAAAACCUAUUCAGGCUGUAGAGGUAGCGAGUCCCAAGGAUUGCAGGAAUGGGUCCGCAUUUGACAGGGUGUUUAGCUUAUAAGGCUGACCACCUUGUUCAACUAGAAGAGCUGUGUUGACACACACUUGUACUGAACAUCAGAAGCUCGUAGCUGAGAGGUCACCUCUUUUAAAGAUGUACACCGCUGAAGUAUUGGUCUGCUGAGGUCAGUGAGUGUUGCUCAAAAACAAAUGGUGAGUGGCCUUUAACUGCUGACUUAAAGUUCAGGAUGAAUUCUCUGGGUAUAGAGGUUUUGUUGGUAAGUCUCAAAGGUAGUUGGUAAAGUCCAUCCAGUAAUAGUCCCUUAGCAUGUUUGGGAGUCAAAGUGACAGAGAAUAACUGCCUGAUAAACUGCGGUAGUUUGCCAGUUUAUGGUAUCAGGAAUCCCCCUUACUUUCGGGUUGCGUUGCCAUGCCAUAUCUUCUAGCUACCCCACCUUAGCACUCAGCGCUGCACACACAUUAUUCACCUCUUGUAGCUGAACUGCAGCCGAGCCCUGCUUAAUUCCAAUGUUGUGAAUAUACUCCUGUGUGGCCCUUUUUCUUCCAGGAAGCAUGCUCAGAUUUUCCUUUAACAUCACCAUUUCAGACACAAAGAAGGCCUUGAUAUCUGUUUUUAUCACGUUGAGAUCAGUUUUAGUAGCAAAUUGAGGUUUGGAUUGCCUCAGAGAUAAGAUUCUACCCUUCCAAUCACACCAUCAAGUAAACAAAGUGUGCAAAAAGAGUAUGCUUUAGUGAGAGAUACAGUGAGAUGGCUGUGCUUAUAUUUUUUCAAUUGCAUCUAAAUAGUCUACUCUUUUUGUAAUUGCUUAUUUUUGCAUUCUUGAAAAGAAAAUGAUUGCCCUUAUUCUUUUUAAAGUCUUAGGAAGACUAAGAGAAAAGGCAGUUUACAUUGGUGCCUAGUAACACCGCUAGUGGCAGUCACUCAGAUGGCCACUAAAGGUGCUUCCUAUCUCAAUGACGUUCAGCAUCUCCAUGCUCGUCACGGAGGUGCUCAACAUUCCCCAUAGAGAUGUAUUGCUUCAAUGCAUCUCUAUAAAGAUAUGCUGUGUAGCAUUUUGCUACGCAUGCGCAAUAGCCUUACAAUGAUUUCAUAUGGAAAAGCACCGGAUUGGGUGAGAUCAUUGAGAAUGGGACUUGGUGUGAGAAAAAUUGUAUGUUUUAAACCUUUCAUCUCCACGGAGAGGUGGGGCGGGCACCUAGACUGCGAUUGCUGCACUGUAGUGACAGGAAUACAUGUUUGUAUUCUUGACACAAUUGUAUUCCUUUAAGCAAAGUUCCAUUUUAGUUGUUUAGCUGAUUUACCCACAUUCCAUUAUUCAAAAUCGUCUCACGGAAUGGCAAUCUGCCGACAUCAUGGGCGGAGGAGUAGAAGAUAGAAGCACCCAGUUAGAAAAGACAAUACAUAAAAACAAAGGCAAGUGGCAAGGAGAAGUAUAAUGAUUAUGAUACAUGUGGCACGAGGAAAGAAAAACAAAAGAAAAUUUCAAUAAUCUGUUCUCCAAUACCAUUAAUAAGCAACCUUAAGUGGGCAUUGGACAUUUUCCUGUGUGCUCUGGGAUCAGUGACGCAAAUAAGGAUUUAAUAAUAAGGAUUAAUAUUUAUUUAAUAGUACAGAUUUACUAAGUUAGACAUAGUCUCUCUCCAGAUCUCUUACUGCUCUGCUUCUUCCAUCCUCGUGGUUCAUGCAGUGGUAUUCUUGAAACGGGCAAAACCUGGGACUACAUGGCACUUUAUUUCGAAAGGCUAUGUAGAACACUGAAAGAAGUAGACACGCCACAAAACUUGGAUUAAUGUAUCCUUUUUAAAAUAUGUAUUAAAAAAACAGCACAGACAAUAAUUUAAUGACAUAAUAUAAUCCAAUUUUAAAACAAACAAACAAAAAAACACAACCUGCACCUAAAAUACAGCUUGUUAUUGGGUUGUACAGAACAUUUCUACUUUAAGGAUAUACUUAAACUGAGCAGGUCAGUCAACAACUAUGUUUCGAGAACUGAUUGCAGUAAUAGAAUUGCACCACAAGUUAUUAGGGAACAACUAUUCAAAUAUUUGAAAUAGUUGAAAUGUAGUUAAUUUGUACUUUUACUUAAAAUCAGCUCUGGUAUUUACUGAAAGCAAGGAGAGAGCAAAUUUGGCAGUUUUCCUCAGAGUUAAUCAAAUUCAGUGUCUGUGGAAAGUGGAAAGUACUGGUAUUUCACUGGCUUUUUAACUGAGUAGAAUUCUAACUGAAUUGCCAUGGCAAUGGUGCAACUACCAAAAUCUCAAUGAUCACUACAGCAGCCAGGCCAAGAUGUUCUACCAAUCAAAGGGGGACUAGGCUACUCCUGCCCUCUCCCUUGCAAAACCUUUUUCUUCUAUAUCGCCAUAUUUGCAAUAUGCUUAAUAACUAUUAAAGUUUGUGAGGGAGCACUUGGUAAGAGCUCCUUUGCGGUCCCAGCACUCAUUGAAUAGAAUGAGUAAAAAUUCUACCACCAGGUUGCCAUGGCAAUGCUGUGACUCGGAAUGAGUGUCAACCGAAAGUAGCAUGUACUGUGGUCUGCAUCCCCUGGAGGUGUAGACUAAACAAUCCUUCACUAUAUUACCAGGGAUGCUGCCAGUACCAACUGCAUCACUAGGGAUCCUGCCUGCCAGAGGAGGCUAUAUAAUUUGGUGAGUUAGGCGGCUGCCCAAGACCUUGUGCUGACUUUACUCACCUAAUUGGAGAGUUGUCUGUUGUAAUGACACAUUAGGCACUUAAUCACAGGCCAAGGGCCUGAUGUCAGGAGGGGGCCCAGCAACGCCAGGAUGAAAAAGGUGAUGCUGUGAAAGAGCUAAUCAUGAAACCAGCCCUGGUUUCUGUGGAUAGUAGGUGGUCCAAUGUCGUUAGGAGCUGACAGCAGGUUAGGGCAUUCGAGUGUACCUGUGGGGAUGGCAAUGAGGCCUGUGUGAAACCUCUGUAAGAAACCUGUCACCAAAUAAUCUACCAAAUGCCUGGCUGGGUGGAAACAUAGGUAGUAAGCCACAAUAUCUAUGUUGACCUCGGUUAGUCAUUUUUUAGGAGAAAGGGCCGGGCACAUGGUCUUGGUAUGCACUCUGAAGCAAAUGGAGCAGAUGUGCAACAACCUGCAUGCACUGAAGCUGCAUGCACCAGCGUUAAAAUUAUUGCACACCUGCGCCUUGCCCAGAAACGCAAUGGGUCUGCCCAGCUUGUCCCUCAUAGAAAGAAAGAGGACCAAUCGUACUUGAUGCCCAAGUCAACUACUUUAUGCAUAUAAAGAUCAAGCUCUUCCCUCCUAUGUGGAUACACAGUGCAAAUUACAUCUCUAUAUAUCCGAAAAGCUAUAACGAACUGGGGGCAUAGCUUCUUGUUAAGGCGUGGCUCUCUAGUUUUUAAUACCACUGAGAUGUCCCCGUAAUUGUAUGCUCAUUUCUCAAGGACAUCUUAUAAGGCUAUGAGUAGGGAAACUAGGUUUACGUCCUUCCCAUCCAGUAUUUCCUUUUUAAUGGAAGUUGGAACGGAAUGAGCAGGUGAGACAUGUGGUGGUUGUGGUUGGUGGGGGAGGAGGAGGGGGGUGCCAGAUGGCAAAAUAGGGAUUACCAGAGGAGGACUUGAAGGGUAGGUCACCUGAGGUGGCUAUGGCUGAUUCCACUUUUAGCAGUCUACUAUUCAUGGUUUGGAGGUUGGCCGGAAUAACUGUCAGGGUUUCCUGUGUAGAAUCAGAGGUGCUGGAAGACAGCCCUUGUGAGCUAGUGCUGGGCCUAGGUUCGCUGGCCUAAGCCAUCAAAAGCCUGUAUAGCUCUGCCUUUCUAGCAGUGGCUGAAAAGGGGAUACCCCUGAGUCUAAGUUCAACUGCAAUUUUUGGGAUAGUCCAUGAUCUCAGGGAUCUGGGGGUAGAGAGGGUGAGGGAUUCCUCUGGAGACCCAGGCCUGACUGGCGUGCUUGGUACUUCUUCCAAAGGUAGAUCGUUGAUGGGAAUAGAUUCUUCUGACAUUCUGCAAAAGGAAUAAUGAUUUAAAUUAGGCAGGGUAGUGGGAAGGAAGAACGACACCUUCAGAGAACUGGCCUGCUGACUAGCGCCAAGGCGAAGAACUUAACUAUAGCCAAGUGACAGGUGAGGCCCUGCUAACGCCAAGUGGCGGUGAGAGGCUCUGCCUAUGAUUUGAAGCUGAGGGAAGUUGUGGCCACUAGAACGUGGUGGCGGGAUGUUGGCCUCUCAAUGACCAAACUCAAUGAUUCAAAUACGUGUGGCCGUGACUUGGGAAGCCCUAACUGUAGCCCUAAAGAAGGGAGAGCAAGGCGGCUAACUAUGAUUUUGGCCGUGGGGCUGAACCUCCGCGUUGAGGUGGGGAGUAGGCUUUGCGGGACCGGUGAAUUUACUUAGGGUAGCUAAGGCCAGCACCUAUCCCUGUAUGCCAGUUCUCUAAACCUGAUGGGGCUUGUCUCCUUAAUGAUGUGACUGAACACAUGUAGAUACUAACCUUGAGUAUUACUCUUAUCACUUAGCGCGUGAUACAGUAGGUCUUGGAUACAAAUUGCUUCGGAAAAAACCCCAGAUCUAGCCAAGGUAUCCUAGGGAUAAGAUGUAUGUAAUGAAGUCAAACGUAUGAAGAGGUGUGUAUUAAUGAUACUGUAACAUAAGAACCCGUGUAAGAUGAGGGACCUGAACGUCCAUACCUAGAAACAAGACCCGUGUAACCAUAAUUUGGUAAUGUAAUGUAGUGAGGGGAGAAGUUCCUGUGAAGGUUGCAUGAGGCCUCAGGGCAAGAUAAAUGUAACGAGAAAACCACUAUACCUGAUACUGUAAGACAGGAUACUGGGAUGACACUUCCUGAGGUCUACUUGAAGAAAAUGUUGAGGAGCCUAAAAUCAUACAUAGAGCUAAGUACCGAAACAAGUAUAAAGCUAAGAGAAACAGUGGUUGAGCGAUCGUGCCUAUGGUCAGUACAGAUUGGUGUUUGUAUUUGGGAAAUAGACGGGAAAAGUUGUGCGUGCUUAACAUAUGGGCAUGCUACUAAAAGAUAAUAAACGUAUGACUUUAGUAGGAGAGAAAACGUAAUUAAUGAAAGGCUAAACAUGCAGCCAUGUUAGGCAAAAGUAAUUAAUGAUAACCUGUGAGACUAAAUUGACUGGAAAAAGUGAAUGAAAAGUGCAGGACCCCUAAACCUGCAUAAAUUGAAAUCAGGCAGAAAAUUGGGUGAAAAGCUAUUAGAUGUAGUGAUCUGUUCAUUCGUAUGAAUGAAUGGUAUAACAGGUUAACAUGUGCAAGACAAGGGAUUUUAAGCGGUAAAACAGGCUGGCGUUCGACUAAAAACAUACGAAAGGAAAGAACUGCAUGCAUACAUUGUGUCUGUGGUCGGCUGUUUGACCGCACAAAAGAAUGUACGAAUGUAAGUAUAUCCUGCGGUCGGCUGUUUGACUGCACGAAAGACUGAAUGAACGUAAGUAUACCCUGCGGUCGGCUGUUUAGCCGCACGAACCGCUGAAAUUCACGAAUGGGUAAUUAUGCAUCAAACAGGUAUAGUAUUAGUGAAGGGAACCUACCCCCACGUUUUUAGGUCUGAACGUGGGAAAUAGCCGAACGCUAUUUCCCACGUUAUGCUUACGUGGACGUCCCGGUCUCGUGACCGGAGGCCAGGCACCGUGACCGGGGAGAAGCCGGGUGGCAGGAACGGAGGUCGGAGGCAGAGGAUACUGCUGGCGACGGGACUCCUGCUGGAAACUUGAACUGUUUGGCGGCAACUCGGACCGGAAGUGCUGAUUGCUAAGGAGUCAAUCAGCUUGCACGGCAGAGGUGAGUAGGGGCUUGGUGUUUAAGUAGAGGCCAUAACUCCUCCCACAAAUUCAAGCCUAAUGGCCUUUUCAUAUGUUUGUUAUGAAUUGCAUUUAAGUUUGUGAUUAUAGUAAGUAUAUGCAGCUGUAUAAAUGCAUGCAGGGUUAAAUUAAAGGGUUACUCGAGCUACCAUGACCACUUCACUGAUUAGAUGUCGUCAUGGUGGUAGAAGCAUGUAUGUGCAGUGUUACAGCUGGAAACACUGCACAUACCGAGCAAUCUUCAUUUUCGUGCCUGUAUUCUAUAACAUUUUCCUACCCCGUUAGAAUUCCUUACACCCAUCACUUCUUGUGACCUGGCCUCACCAGAGAUGAGGCAAAAUCAGCUAGAGGUCGACUUACCUGUAUGGGGCACCAGGAGUGAGAUACAGGAUCCUCACUGGGUGCUGUGCACAUGUCCAGCCCACACUAGGUUGCAGGAAUGAUGCUCGUGUGCAGGCUGACGGCGUGUCUAUAUCGCAUGCGCAAAGAUCAACUGUUCAGGACACAAACGCAGUAUAGGGUAGGGUAUUCUGAUGCUGCUACUGUGAAUACCCGGCCCUAUACUGUGGCAUGCUUUCUGCACAGCUGAUCUUCGCACAUGCCCGCGCGCAGUGUUAGAAAAUUCUACCCUGCUACCGCACAUGCCCAUUAGCUGCAGGCUGGCACAAGUGCACAUGCAAUGUCACAGCACCCCACACAAGUAAGCCAACCUCCGGUUGACUCUGCCUUUAUUCCUGUGCGGCUGCAUAACCGGAAGUGAUGGGGGUAGGUAAUUCUAACGAGGUAGGGAGAUUUGAUCGAACACUCUCGACACACGAUAUGCAGCCCUCUGCUCUGGACUGCCUUAUGUCAAUUCUGUGCAUACUUUACAUCUGUCGCCAGAGAGCUGGCAAAAGACUUAAUAAUCUUUUCACCUGCAGACAGAGUGCCUGAAAUGGGAAGAUUGUGCGCAUGCGCCAACAGCAGCUGUGCAGAACACAGGGUAGGGAAUUCUGACACUGCGCAUGUGCUGGACCAGCACAUGUGCAGUAGCACCAUCAGAAUACACUACACUGUAUUGCGCAUGCGUCCUGUACAGCUGAUGUUGAUGCAUGCGCAUUACAGGCAUAAGAAACUCUACCACGAUACAGCGCAUGGGCAUCAAGGGGGGGUUUGGCACCCCCGCCCCACCCCCCUCUAAAAAAACAACUUCAAAAUUUUUACUUUUUUUACUUUUUUUUUUUUUUAAAUGUAUUGAACAAGUCUGUAAACUUUUUAAAACCCCUGCACCCCCUAACACAGUUACAAGCAGACAGUGUCACGCACACAGUCACACUACAUAGUUACAUAGCUGAAAAGAGACUUGCGUCCAUCAAGUUCAGCCUUCCUCACAAAUGUUGUUGCUUUUGAUCCAAAAGAAGGCAAAAAACCUGCUCUGAAGCGCUUCAAAUUUUUUCCAAUUCCUUCUUGACCCCAAAAUAGCAGUCAGAUGUCUCAUUGGAUCAAGCAGCUAUUACCCCACUAAUUAGAAAUUAUAUCCCUGUAUGUUAUGUUUUUGGAAGUAUUUAUCCAAUUUCAGUUUAAACAUCUGUAUGGACUCUGACAAAACCACCUCUUCAGGCAGAGAAUUCCAUAUCCUUAUUGUUCUUACUGUAAAAAACCUUUUCUUUGCCUUAGAUGAAAUCUACUUUCUUCCAGCCUAAAUGUGUGACCUCGUGUCCUAUGUAUAGCCCUGUUUAUGAAUAGAUUUCCAGAUAAAGGUUUGUACUGGCCCCCGAAUAUAUUUGUAUAAAGUUAUCAUAUCCCCUCUCAGGCGCCGUUUUUCCAAACUAAACAGAUUUAAUUUUUUUUAACCUUUCUUCAUAACUAAAAUGCUCCAUUCCUUUUAUCAAUCUUGUAGCUCGUCUCUGGACCCUCUCCAUUGCCUUGAUAUCCUUUAGAACAGGCGCCCAAAAUUGCACAGCAUAUUCAAUAUUCAAGGUGUGGUCUUACCAGCGAUUUAUAAAGAGGCAAAAUAAUUUUUUCAUCCUGAGAAUUUAUGCCCCUAUUUAUACAUGACAAAAUCUUACUGGCCUAAGCAACUGCAGAUUGAUACUGCAUAUUGCUGCCUAAUUUGUUGUCUAUAACAAUUCCCAAAUCCUUCUCGUGUGGUUAUCCCUAGUUCACUACCAUUUAGUGUGUAAGUUGCUUGUGCAUUCUUAACCCCGAAGUGCAUAACUUUGCAUUUCUCUAUGUUAAAUUUCAUCUGCCAUUUUAGUGCCCAGUCCCCCAAUCUAUCCAAAUCCCUCUGCAGCAAAGCAAUAUCCUGCUCACAUUUUAUUACUUUACAAAGUUUUGUGUCAUCUGCAAACACUGAUACAUGGCUUUCAAUGCCUAUUUCAAGAUCAUUUAUAAAUGUUAAAUAGGAGUGGUCCCAAAACAGAACCCUGAGGGACACCACUUACCACUUUUGUCCAGCCUGAAAAGUUACCAUUAAUUACAACUCGUUGUACUCUAGCCUUAAGCCAAUGUUCUACCCAAAAACAAGAAUAUUCAUCUAGACCAAUUUCUUUUAGUUUGAAGACUAAAGAGUCAUACAGUUACAGGUAGAGAGUUAAACACAGUCACGCACACUGUUACAGGCAGCUAGUCACACGCACACAGUUGCAGACAGACAGACAGACACAUGCACUUGCUGACAGACAGACAGACAGACAGACACAUGCACUUGCAGGCAGUCUCACACACACACACGCACUUACAGGCAGACAGUCACACACAGACACACACUUGCAGGCAGGCAGACAGACACACACUUGCAGGCAGGCAGACAGACACACACUUGCAGGCAGGCAGACAGACACACACACUUGCAGGCAGGCAGACAGACACACACACUUGCUGGCAGGCAGACAGACACACACACUUGCAGGCAGGCAGACACACACACACUUGCAGGCAGGCAGGCAGACACACACACUGGCAGGCAGGCAGACACACACACACACACACACACACAGGCAGGCAGACAGACACACACACUUGCAGGCAGGCAGACACACACCUUGCAGCAGGCAGGCAGACAGACACACACACACUUGCAGGCAGGCAGACAGACACACACACUGCUGGCAGGCAGACAGCUGGCAGGCAGACAGACACACACACACUUGCUGGCAGGCAGGGACACACACACACUUGCUGGCAGGCAGGCAGACACACACACACUUGCUGGCAGGCAGGCAGACACACACACACUUGCUGGCAGGCAGGCAGACACACACACUUGCUGGCAGGCAGACAGACACACACACUUGCAGGCAGGCAGACAUACACACACUUGCAGACAGCAGCAGACAGACACACACACUUGCAGGCAGACAGACAGACACACAUGCACUUGCAGGCAGACAGACAAACACACAUGCACUUGCAGGCAGACAGACACACAUGCACUUGCAGGCAGACAGACACACACUUGCAGGCAGGCAGACACACACACAUGCACUUGCAGGCAGGCAGACACACACACAUGCACUUGCAGGCAGGCAGACACACACAUGCACUUGCAGGCAGACACACACACAUGCACUUGCAGGCAGACAGACAGACACACACACACACACACACACACACACACACGUGCACUUACAGGCAGACAGUCUCACACAGUGUUACAGGGUCAGGCAGACAGUUACAGACACUCACUUACAGACCAUGUGGGCUAGAGAAGUGGAUUCCCUGGCCUGAAGUCCUUCCCUGGAGCCUGGCAGGUGUAGGAGCAGGGAUUUCAAAAAUAUCAAUUAUGAGGAUAAACAAAAAAGGCAGUGUUUUACAUUGAAAAGCCUGCAGGGACAGGCUACAUACACCAGAACUACUACAUUAAGCUGUAGUGGUCCUGGUGACUAGCAUCUCCCUUUAAGAAUUGCAGUUUUGUCAUUAAAUAUAAAGCUAUGUGAGUUUAUAUAAAAAUAAAACUCUGGCUCCUAGAUUCAAAGCCAACUUGUCGAGCCCUGCCUUGACUAACUUCAUUGUCACCCAGUCCACACCAGUUUUGCUCCCCUACAUUCUAUCUAAGUUGCUUACUUAAGCAAGAACAUGUAAAGAGUAGGGAAAAAAAUUAAAUGGGCUUUCAGCUGCAUCAGCUUCCAUGUUAAAGGGACACUAUAGUCUCAAAAACAAAAAACUUUUUAAAGUUAAAUCUAAUUGAAAACAAAACAAUUUUGGUUUCAUGCCGGCUGUUUCCAUCACAGCCUGGGGAGGCGUGGCUAGGGCUGCUUAAACCGACUCUUCCAGAAAUGGAAGUGAAUUUAGCAGUGAUACUUCAGGGUUGUGAUCUAUACACAAACUGCUUCAGUAAGCUACAGUUGUUUUGGUGACUAUUGUGCCCCUUUAAUCCGGCCUUGAGCAUACCCUGGAUACUGCUGUCUAUAUAGCAUAGUGAAUCAGUUCUUGUGAUGUCACUAAAUGCCUUUUUGUAAUAGAAUCCUAAUAGAAAGUCAGAACAUGCAGGAGUACCUGUGUCUAUCCUAUUCCAAUUAUCCUUUGCACCAAUGAGACUCCAGGGGCCUCUUACGGCACAGCAAUUUAAUCCUAAAUUCAAAUAGAACAAAAGCAUGUACAGUGGUUUAACGAGAGUGAAACCUAUGUACAACCUGGACAAUCUUGGUAACGGUAAUAUAUUGUAGAUAUGUUAAACCUGUAUCAACAAGUGUUUAUAAGGAUCCAACAAUAAAAUACAAAAUAGAUAUAAAGACAGUCUUAUGAGGCUAAACACCUAUGUCUGGAUAAGGUUAAAUCAUGAAAAAUAAAUCUAAUAAUGAGCUUCACCAGAUGAUACUGGUAUAAAUAAAGUGGGGCUUUAUUGAAAGUGGCCCCAAGAGAAAUACCAGUAGUUAGUGGAUGCUUUUAAAAAUAGUAGAUGGUUAUAAAAUAACCAUAUUAGUAUGAGGAGAGGAAAUACAGAUUCUAUCAACUAGAAAAGCCUUUCCCUACAAAGCUAACUAGACCGGCAUAGGAGAAUAAAAAAAGGAAAUAAGUAAUCAAAUAGAUUUCCAAACAAGUGAAGGGGGGGAGGGGAAACUGACCUUCAUGCAGCUCAGACUUGCUGUACAGGAGCUCCUGAGUUUAUGGCUGUUUUGGUGUGGUUCACCUGGCCAACAAGCCACACUAAAGGGACACUAGUCACCAAAACAACUUUAGCUUAAUGAAGCAAUUUUGGUGUAUAGAUCAUGCCCCUGCAGCCUCACUACUCAAUUCUCUGCCAUUUAGGAGUUAAAUCACUUUGUUUAUGUAGCCCUAGCCACACCUCCCUGCAUGUUACUUGCACAACCGUCCUAGACACUUCCUGUAAAGAGUCAUCUACAGUUUAUUUUUAUUUAACUUUUUUUUUUUUUUUUUGCAAGUUCUGUUUAAGAUUUUCUUAUUCCCUGCUAUAGCUGGCUAGACCCUUCAAGAGCUUCCUGUAUGUGACUAAAGUUCAUUUUACAGAGCAAGAGAUACAAUUUUAACCCCUUAAUGACCAAACUUCUGGAAUAAAAGGGAAUCAUGACAUGUCACACAUGUCAUGUGUCGUUAAGGUACAUUACUUUUUUUUUUUUCUCAUCAUGCAGUCUGUGUCAAUCAGAGCCAGGGGAGAUGUGACAACAGUUGCAUAAACACAGUGAUUUAACUCCUAAAUGAGAGUGAAUUGGGCAGUAAAACCUGAGGCAUGAUCUAUACACUAAAACUGCUUCAUUAAGCUGAAGUUGUUUAGGUGACUAUAGUGUUCCUUUAACUAAUGAAUAUCAUCUGAGUCGGGGAUCCCUGGACGAGCGACUAGAGCUUUCACCCGGCUCAUAACUCCACCCUUGAGCCCAAAAUCUUUGCUGUGGAUGGAGUUGGGAGAAGCAGCCGACCUUCCCCCUCUACACCCUAUAGUGUGAUUAUGCACAACUCCUACCGCCCCCCCUGGACCGGUGUGGGUCAUUCCGGUCCCCACUGUAAGUCAGCUGAGAGUGUGGGGUGUCACAAACCACCUACAUCCCACUGUCUCCUGCUUGCUCCUCACUUACUGCAACCCUUCAAAAUGGCAGACACACUCCAAACUGCUACAGGAGGCCUUGGCCCAUCAUGGCAGCCGCCACAGUGCUAUCUCACAUACCAUGCAGCAGCUGGAUGAAAUGUUUCAAGCCUUGGCACAAACUACAGGAACGAACAAAAGCCUACCCACUUCACUCAAAAGGGAAAGGGCAGAGAUGCACCUUGCCGGAGAAGAGCGGACUCCCUCAGGGUAAAACUACUCUGCAAGCAACGACCUACCCUACCUGGGCCAAGAUCACUCAGAGGUAUUGCCUCAAUGCACCGACCAUGCAGGCUGAAGAUCUCCCGCAGAAAGCGGACCAUUACAACUAGAUCCUCCAGCCACCCCAAACUGGGGAAAGACUUGGCACCAAAGUGUCCUCAAGUCUGUGGAAUGAGGGUGCAGGCUCUCUACGCUCAGGGCUAGAGGGAAGCCCAGUUCUGGCAGUCUGAUUUGGCCUGUGGACUCUCUCCUCGUUCAGCACCAACCUUGCCACUUAGAGGGAUCAGUUGAUCAGAGAAAAGGGCCCCUAGAACGUGAAAGGCUUGAUCACACACUGACACACCAUUUGCCUGGCGCCAGGGCCAGCCUUAGUGGUGUGUGAGCUGCACAGGGCGCCAUGGAGCAGGGGGUGCCGUGCGACCACACAGCCAGCAGGGAUUUAAAAUUAAAAAAAAUUGCGUUGGGGGCUGAACUAAAGUGCCAGAUAACUGCAGCAGGGGAAGCAGGAAGGAGUCCCUGCUUCCCCCAACAGUCUCCAGGAGCUGCACUGCCUGUUUGCCUAUACAAGGAAUAGAGGUAACUGUGUGUGGCUGGCUGUCGGAGCAUGUGUGUUUGUGCAUGUGUAAAACUGUGGCUUCCUGUACGUGUGUAUGUGAUUAUCUGCCUGCGACUAUGCAUGUGGUGGAUUUGACAGUGUAUAACUGUGUGCACUGGGCGCUGAGAAGAUUUUUCGCACAGGGCGCCUAAAGGCCUAAGGCCAGCCCUGCCUGGCACAACACUACCAGAGCGACCUGUCUGAGAUAUGCUUCAUUUUUAGUGUUUAUUUUUCACGUUUUCCUCCCUAUACUCCUAAAGCCUGUGCAAUAGGGGACUGAAUUCAGUGGUUCAACUCACUAUCUUGGAUUUGUUUAGGUCUGUACUAGUUAUGAUUUUUAGCGAUGGUAAGCAAGAGCUAUGAGUCUGACCCAUGAGAUAUGCUAGACAAUCUGUAUGUCUAGUCGCUUAUCUCCAUUGACAAGCUAACCACAACCUAACGCUUAGAAAUGCAAUAACAUGCUAAAGGUUAUUUUCCUUUUAUUUAUCCAUUCUUUUGCUCUUAAGUGAAAGUGAAACCCAGGUGUCCUGAUGAAAGCUUGAGGGGAUCAAGCUGAAACAUUGACAUGUGGUUUUUUUGUUUUUGUUUGUUCUUGGAGUGCUAUCAUUUGAGGUGUGUGUGUGUGUUAAUCACACACACCUUGCUGGCUAGUUUACUCAACAUUUGGCUAUCUAGCUUGUGACCUAUUAACUUUUCCUAACUAUAUAAAAGUGUGCAAGUACUAACUUAUACUUCAAUGUUACUAAUGUCUGGGGGGAAAAGCAUGAAGACUGCUGUUGGGGUACCCCAAGCGCAUUUGUUAUGUUCAUAUGAACUGCAAAAAUAAACAGUGAAGUGCCCAAAAGACAUUUUGUUAUAAAAGGGAUUCCAGCCAUUUGAUUGUUUCCCCUGACGAAGGUGCAUGUAGUUCUGCACCGAAAUGAGCGUCGGGUGUUCUAGUUUGGGUUUCUCUUGGGUACUUCACAUUUACUCAGAUUGUACAGAGGUUUCACUCUUGGUGAACCACUGUACAUACUUUGUUUCUAAUAGAAUGUCACCCUAUCUUUACCCAAACAGCACUGUGCCUAGAACCUGCUGCAUUCUACAAGACUUGCUAAAUAAAUUUCCGGUUUUAGUUGUGAACCUAGUCUCUGUUCAUAUUUUGCCUUGCUUUUCCAUAGCCAAAAUGAGAUGGCCUAGAAAUGCAAUCCUGCUCCAUAGCUUUAUCAGAAUUGACUACUGAGAAAAGUGAAGUAUGCAAGUGUUUACUAGAACUCAAAUUGGACAGAUACCCAAGUCAUCCCCUGCGUGCCAAGUAGGUAGGAUAGCCAUGACCUGCAGCCAUUUGGACUGUCUCAGAAAACUUAUUUUAGUCAUACCUCUUUAUAUGACCUUCACAUUUCUGACUACUAAGUUUGUAUUUAUGCUGCUAAAUAAAAUAAGUCUUACACAAAUGGACUCCUAGUUCUGUUAAUUUCAGACGAUAUCCAGAUGGAUCAAGGAAAAUACCCAGUUGCCUGGAGUUAUGUCUUGCUGGUAAUACCUGCAUUGCCCAAACAUGUAUUAACAGGACCUUGUUGGUGGGUAGGCAUCUACUGUUUUACAGUGUCAAAAAAUUAAAUGGUUGUAAAUACCAGGUUCACCUUGGAAUUUACUUUUUUGGUGUGGGUUUUUUCUUUUAUUAAAAUAAACAAAAUGCUGUCUUCAACAGAAACAAGGAUGUGUCUAUACUAGUGGGCAGCUACAAAGAAUUAAUGCACAGAACAGGCUAAUCGUAGAUAAUUUUGACUUAUUAUAUAAACUGUGCUCUAGACCUAUGGCACUGCAUUUAAUUUUAAAGUGCAAGAGUUCCUGUUUAGAAACCUAAAAUGAUAGCCUGAAUCUUUAUGUAUAUAUCACAGCUGAUUUCUUCUAGAACAGAAAACCAUUAAUUAGAUGAUAUACAGUAGGCUGACCUGACAAACUGUUGGAAGCAUAGUUCAAAGUUGAAGCAACAGUGGUUACCCAACCUGGAUGGAGCAGAAAAAGUAAGCUAUCAAUGGCUGCGGGUAGAUUGUGGGAAAAAACUUAAGUGAGUGCAAGAGACCUGCAUCAAGACUUUGUGGCAACAGGCACUGAGGUUUCAGUGAGCAUAGCAAGGCAUGUACUAAAUGGGUAAGGUUUCCAUGCCAGAGCUCCAACACCUACACCACUACGGACCUAAAAACACAAGCCAACUCAAAUAUACUCGAUCGUAUAAAUAAGCCAGACUUUUUGGGGUUCUGUGGAGAUAUGAAAAAGAACUGGAACUUUUUGGCCAAAUGGAUCAGCAGUAUGUCUAGAGGAAGAAGAAUGAAGCAUAUGCUGAAAAGAACACUCUGCCUAUAGUUAAGCAUGGUGGUUGCUCGGUGAAGCUCUGGGGCUGCUUAGCAUCCUCUGGCACUGGAAACAUACAGCAUAUGGAUGGCAGGAAGGAUUCAUUGAAGUAUCUGAAAAGUAGGAAAAAAUAUUGUGCCAUCUGAAGCAAGAUCAUGAUCCCAAGCAUACCUCAAUUUCUAACAAGGCUUGGUUGUAGAAGUAAUCCUGGAAAACACUAGUGGCCAACACUGUCACCUGACUUGAACCCUAUAGAAAAUAUCUGGUGGGAUUUGAAGAAGGCAGUUGCAACAUGCAAACCCCAGAAGAUUACCGAACUGGAGGCCACUGCUCCUGAGCAGUGGCCUAAGAUUUCUCAGGAAUGCUGCCAGAAGCUGUCUGGCUAUGCAUCUAAUUUGCAACCAGUCAUAGCAGCAAAAAGGUGCUCUAAGUACUAAAGAUGCUUGCCAUGAAGGGCUUGAAUAAUUUUUGAGAUGGGAGAAGCUAUGAAGAAGUUUCAGUUGAAUUUGGGGAAACCCUUAAUUGUGGUGGUUUGUGUGGGUGUUUUUUUUUUUUUUUUUGUAAACCUUGAUUACAUUUAUUGUGGUCUUUGAUCUGGCAGCAGGCCUAGACCAUAAAACCUCUAGAUGGCCAUCACCAGAGCUGGACACAAGGAAUUGCAUUGAGUGGGCAAUAAACUGCCAGACCAACCCAAGUACAGGUUCACUGAAUGUUUACUACAUAACAGAAUAUCUGCACUAACAAAUCAAGUAUCUUUGUUCUCACUAAAAUAACAUUUUGAAGGGACUGUGCAUGCUUAAAUGUAAUCUGAAUUUUACUGUAACAAAAUGUGCAAAACGAUAAAAGAAAUCUGCAUUUGCUUACCAAACUAACAACAUUGUAGCACUUUUAGACCACCUUUUUCAUCCAAAAGCAAUGUUGCCUCACUCUGCAGGCUGCACUGGUAAAUGACUUAUUUUUCAUAUUUGCCUUUGUUCUUAUGUAUCCCACAUCCUCUCCAGGGAGGACCAUGAUCUAAUUUUAUCUAAACUUGGGUAUGUACAUUUCACAGAUCAGGCAUCUUUUGCCUAAAUAUUGCCAUUUAGACUGUAACUUUCUAAAAUGUGAAACAAAACACUAGCAAUGUGUGAAUUGUCGAAUAUUCAACUUAAAAAAACAAACACAAACUUAGUUUAACAAAUAACCAUCCUAAAACCCAGAUGACUUCUUCCAACUUGGUUAUUUGUAUAGAAAGUUUAAAAAAAAAAAAAAAAAUUCUCCUGACUAGUAACUAAACAUUGUAGCAGAUAAAUCAAGAAUUCCCUUCCCUAAUUCCUGUCUGUCAUCUGCUCACAAAUACAGUAAGUUGCUAUAGAAACAAACCUUAUGUCCCCAAUAUCUAACUCUUCCUCUUACUCUGCAGUAUUCUUUUAAUGGGGAGGGGUGGGACUGUUUAGUACUGCUGGUUAAUGUAACAGAUGGCUGUGCCACCCACAUUCUGUUUGUCAUAACAUUACAUUUGGGCACUGUUACAUAGUCAUGGUGUUUCAGAUAAAAGGGGACAUGUUAACCACUGGGCUGCCAGGAAGGAUUCCAUAAUGUCAUCAACCUAGUGGUUAAAGUGAAACUAGGGCAUAAAAUUGCCUUUUUAAAAUGGAAAAUUCUAUAUACAUUGACAUUCUUUACAUGACUUUAAUUCUUACUAAAUGUGACAUAGCUGUGCUUAUGCAUUUAUUAAUGCCAUCUGAGCAGUCAUGAUACUGAAAUACCUCUCGGGGGCAGUCCCAAGUUUGGGCACAAAUUAAUCUGUCCCGCUUUUCUAUCCUAAUUUACCUAUAUUUUUUUAACUUUUUUUUUUGGAAGCUAUAUACAGUUUACUGUAGAUUUGUCUUGCUCUCAAAGUUUGUCUUUAACCUGCAAUAAUCUUUUAUAUAUUCACAAUCCAAUACAAAAACGUAAUUUUUCUAGAUUAUAUUGUAAAUCACUUCAAACGUCUCUGGAAGUAGUGUAGGACCCAAUGGUAUUGGGCUACAGUGAUGUAGUGGUGGGCUUAACAAAAUAUGGCCAAAUGGUGCAAUUGAAUGCCCAUUGACAUUUACUGCAGCACUAUUCCUGCAAAAUUAAUAUUCCAGCUGUGUCCCAAUUCCCAUUUUGUAUUUACAUUACCUUUGAAGGAGACACACGGGCGUAGCAACACUUGAGGGAGGAAAGAUGAGAAGCUCUGUUCUGGACAGGUUUGGAUUUAGAAAAUGAGCAGCCAUCCAGUUGGAAAUGGCUUGUGUCCUCAUGGAAGGCAAGAUUUUUACCAAGGGAGGUAGUAUAGAUGGACAGAACCUUGGGAGGCAGAGGGGUUGGGUAGAAGAGUAAAUGCCAGGGGAAGAAACUCUAAGACUGGGGAAGAACCUGGAAAGAGCAGAGUCUCAGACUAUGUCAAACAAAGGUCAAGGAGAAUGUGUCUACUGGAUAUAGGAGCAAUUGGAUAUUUUGGUAAGGGCAGUCUUGAUGGUGGCAGGUGCAGAAUCCACACUGAAGCAGAUUGAACAAAGAGUUGGAUUAAAGGAAGUCGCUUCAUCUAGUGUAGACAAAUCUCAAGGAUCUUGGAGGCAAACUGCAGUAGCCAGAUAUUCACAUGUAAUGUUAGGCCUUUUAACGUAUUUAUAUCUUUUACAAAAAUUAUAUGUAUGGGGCACUUGCAAACUUAUGGUUAAAAUGUUGGUUUUAUCAGAAUGUGGAUGAUUGGUUCUGUCACUAAUGUUCCCAGGAGUCUUAAAAUAUAUAAUAUAUUUUAUUUCUUUUAGGUGGGAGAGGGGUAGACUUCCUUAAGUAAAUGUUUCAAUCACAUCUCUGAUUUGUACAAACUUUAAAAUGUUUGCUUUCCUUAAUUGACUGCUUUAAUCUUUUUAUAAAUUUGCUCACUCUUCAGUUUAGCUCAUGAUGACAGAGCAGUUAAAAUCCCCUCCCUUCUUGAAUCUGCUCUAAUUAUUCAAACAAACCAGUCAUCUGCACCCUUUUUUUUUUUUUUCCCUAUAUUAAACAAAUGUUCAAACUUUGCCUAGCUGAUCAGACUAGAUCAAGCAUGUCAAACUUGCGGGCCACCUGCCCUGGGGUCACUUUGUGCUGUGGCUGCGACCAGCUGCACGACAGGAAAUGUCUUUGCUGUCUGACUCACAGCCUAUUGUGUGCUCCUGCAGCCACAAGAGUGCCAGAGGAGUGGCUGGUCUGCUUGAGCAGAGAGUAACUGGAGGAUAGGCGGCUCAUCUUAAAGUAGAAGAGGUGCUUGGGGGACCUUCCUGCUUAGUGUUAUAUUUGCUGCUCCUCCACCCCCUCCCCCCCUCCCUGGAGGGAGGGGGGACAGUGUAUUGCAAGCAUGUUAAACUCAAAGUCUAGCAUGGGCCACAUUAACAAGGCUUAGAUUUAUGUUGGCCAUAAAAAAAAAGUUAAAUUUUCAUAGAAACAUAGGUUUAUUUUGAAAAGUAAUUCCCAGCAGACUCCUCCACUCACACUACUGCCAGUAUGCAAGUCCGGCCUCUGGUAUACCCCAAGUGACACCGUCCACACCCCGUGCCAAAUCUGAUCCUCCCGCUACUUCUUGAAACCCUGUGAAGGUGGAGCACAUCGAUGUGGCGUUGCAUGCCUCCAGGUACUCUACAAUCAUUAGCAUCCUAUGCAACACCGAUGGCACACAUCACUUUCUUUAUUGCUCCCUACCUUUUGGAAGCCAAUGUGGGGAUCUACUGCCGUGGUUUAGUGGUGCUGGAAUAUGACUUCAUAUUCCAGCUUCACUACAGUGUGCGGAGGAGCAGGCACACAGAGCUCCCCGGCUGGGUAAGUGUUUUUUUUUUUUUUUUGCAGUAGGCACCUGCAAUGUGGGGAAAGCGGGUGCCUACUCUGCUAUAACACUAAACAUGUACUCGCGGUUCGCCGGGCCGCGAGUUUGACAUGCUCGGUGUCCUGGAUUUGUGGGCUAAAAAAUGCUCCCUAUGGAGAUGUUUUGCCACACAUGCACAAUAGCCUUCCUACGCUUUCCUAUGGGAAAGCAUUUGGAUUGGCUGAGAUCAUGAAGUUUGUCAGCCAAAGCAAAGCAUACUCAUAGGACUUCAAAAUCAACAAGUUAAAGUCAUUUGUUCUAUAUUUUUUUUUUUUUUUAUUUUUAUUUUUUUUUUAUUUAUUUUUUUUUUUUUUACAGCUGUGCCACAGCAUACAUUCACCAUGUCAGUCCCCUUACCAUCACUGGCUAUAUGCAAAUGCACGUCUCCUUAAAAUUUAAUUUGUUUACUUUGAAACACUCAGAGUGUGAGGAUGUCCAGUGUCACAACUUAUUUAUUUUAUACUAUAAUUUUCUAAAACCAUUUCUAUGGAAACAGAAGGGUUUUUUUUUUUUUUUUUUUGAGCCCACAAACCUAAAGCUUGUUUUAUUUGGCCCGUGUUAGCCUUUGAGAUUGACAUGCUUGCACUAGAUUGUCCAAAAAAAGCAAUAAAUAUUUACCUCUAAACAUCUUAGUUUUUUGAUUGAGACACUGCUUUGUUUUAUGUAUACUACAGACCCCUAGGCCUAGGGUAUUAAAAAAAAAUAAAAAUAAAAAUUAUAUAUUACAUUUUUGUAAACCGUUUAAAUCCACUCUUCGACAUUGGGAGGAUAACUCCAUGCCACCAAUCUUAUUUUUAGUGCACUGUAUAGGGGUAAUUAAAAAAAUAAAAAUAAAAAAAAUUUAAAGGGAAAAAUCUUGCAUAUGGUGGUUGUUCACCAUUGCCUUCUUCUGCAAAAACUAGAAAGUGUGUGUCCCACUAGCCUAGAUAGUAUGGUGGCUUCAGUACUCCACAUAUCUGGAAAAAGUUAUAAAAACUGAUAACAUGGAAUUAAAACGUAACUUUAAAUUAUGUGUCAGGAAAUACUCAAUUCAUGCAUAGUCCAAAAAUGUUUGCUCCAUGUCCAACUCAACAUUGGGCGGAUGCUACUUGGGUUGGGCACCCCCCCCCUCCCCUGGGAGUAUCUGGAGAACACUACAGAAUUUUUUUAAAUAGAAUCAAAAGGGAGGUGGGAGAAACGCAGAUGUGGCAAUGGCCAGUUAAAGGGACACUAGUCACCAAAACAACUUGCACUUAAUGAAGCAGUUUUAGUGUAUAGAUCAUGCCACUCCAGUCUCACUGCUCAAUUCUCUGCCAUGUAGGAGUUAAAGCACCUUGUCUACGCAGCCCUAGGCACACCUCCCUGCAUGUGACUUGUACAGCCUUCCUAAAGACUUCCUGUAUAGUCAUCUGUUUAUACUUCCUCUAUUACAAAUUCUGUUUAAUUUAGAAGUUAUCUCUUGCUCUGUUAAUGGCUUGCUAGACCCUGCAGGAGCCAUUUUGUAUAUAAUUAAAGUUCUAUUGACAGAGCAGGAGAUGAAGGGGAAAACAAAUUAUAUAAAGUUUUCAAUCAGAUGCAUCUUUAAACUUUUUUUUUUUUUUGUGCUCAUUCAGGGGAGGUGUGGCUAGGGCUGCAUAAACCGUGACUUAACUCCUAAAUGGCAGUGAAACAGAGGCAUGAUCUAUACACCAAAACUGAUUUAUGAAACUAAAGUUCGUUUGGUGCCUAUAGAGUCUCUUUAAACAGAAUUUAAAUCCUUGUGAAAAACAUAGGACUAUCUUAAACAGCCUUUAUUCACAAAUCAUUGAGAUUUUGAAGCCUAACUGGUAGCAUGAAACUGCCAGGAAAGUGGUCAUAAAAAGACAUGGCUUUCCAAGAGCUCCUAUUCGCUUCUUUCUUCUUGAUCACGCUAUUCAUUAAGCCAAUGGUUAGGGGCUUAGGUCCUCUGGGCAUCGUUCCUAUUGGCACUCGUAAAAUAGCACUAUUGAUCUUUCAUCCGCUGAGAAUUAAAUCAGAGGGGAUUGGAUUAUUGUAUUAGAAGGAACAUGUGUCUUGCAAACUGGAUUGCUGGUAAUGUAUAACCUGUAAUGAUGGCAUUUGGCAGCACACAGCAUAUUGGGUGCUGAAUAAUCUGACUGAAGAUGGAUUGCUGUGCCCUCUCUCUGGGUUCCUUGUGAUUCUACUUAGUGGAUAGUGACAGAUCUGUUGGCAGUUAAGAUAAGCCUGGAAAAUGCUGGAAGCCAUGCCAAGCACAGGCAGUCUCAUGUUGCAGUAUGAACACAAAGGGUCCCAGUUCCGGUUGCAAACAGAAGGUGUAAAUUGGGGAAGGGUAGGAUAAUGCCAUGCUUUUUCUAUGGUUUGAGCAGUGACAUCUGACAGAUAUAUGGAUAGAAAGUGAUAACCAAAGCAUGUAAAAAGUUGUGUGUAUGUAUAUAUAUAAAAUUUUUAUUUUUUUCUCUUGCCAGUGGACUGGCACAAUCCUAUUUAUGUUAUGUAAUAUUGUAGUUGGGGCAAAACUAAUAUCAACAAAAUCUGAAGUUUUUGUUUUGUAUUUGCAUCACAGAACCAUGCGGAAACUCUUACUGAUAUCUGGACUCUCUAUCCUGCUGGUGUCAAUCGCUCUCUUCUGUGGGCUGUUUUUUGGCCUGCGGUCUCGCCCCUCUCCAAUCAGUAAUGUCUAUGGAAGAGCUGUUGUAGCCACUGACUCAGGGACAUGUUCUGAAAUUGGAAGGUGAGCAUUUUAUAGUUUUGGCUUUGUCUGUUUUCUACACCGGUCUAUAACUUUAUUUUUAUUCACAAGGAUAGUGAUGUAAAAACUGCUUGAUAUAUUCCUAGUAAAAAUUAAUUCUUGGUUUACUGGCUGGAAAGUCAAUAAAAACUCUAGUAAGAAUUAUACAUAAUGAAUGUUGCAUAAAAUCUAUCUGAAAUACGCGUAAUAAAAAGGGGAGGCGGGGGUGUAAGGGAAAGUCUGACAUGCCUUUUGAUAUUUAUUAUGGAUUCAUUUUAGAGGGAAUGCGAUCAUUGAAUAUAAAACUGAACUUGUAUAAUCCCAGUAGAGCACUCUGGAGUCUUAAUGAUACAUUCCAACUGUUGCUUUGCGAAAAAACAGUGAUACACAAAGUACAAGUUGACUUUUCAAGGUCUUGAAAAAAGUCUGAAUAGACUGAAAUGUCGACUUGUACUUUGUCACUGUUUUUGCUCAGUAAAACAGUUGGAAUGUAUCAUUAAGACCCCAGAGUGCUCUACUUGGAGCCAAUAUGUGGUACACUAAUGGAUGGGGGGAUAACCCCAAAUGAAAACUACUAAACAAAUAAUGUGUACCAGGAGGGACUGGGAUAGAUGAGAUGUACUGUGAUGCAGGUAACAAAUCACUGCAGAAUGUCUCAGACAAGGAGCAAUUGAAAGAAAUAAAAAAUUUAUUAAAUAAUAUAGUAUAAAUAUCUUAAUGUGCUUGUGUACAAAAAGUGAAUAAAGUGAUAUGUAUUAGGAAGUUAGACCAAUACAUUAAUAUAAAUAUCACUACUGGAGAUGGGUAUCAAAAUGUGUCCAGCCUACGAAAAUGGGCAGCCUGGCUAGGUGGAUAAAAGUAGUGGGGUCAUGUGCAGUAAAGACCUGAUCACUACAAGGAUCUAAUACAAUCACGAAGUGAUUAACUAAAUAGAUAAUAAACAUUUGAAUGGUAGAAAGUCCAUGUGCUGCUUUAAAGUCAUAAAAAGUUGCACUACAUGGACCCCCUUGACGUGCGCGUUUCGCAUGACAUGGCAUCUCCUUAUUUGUGUAACAAGGUGACAAAAGUAUUGCAAGACCAAUGUUGUGAUUUCCAGAGAAUGGACUUUUUCCUUUAAUCAAUCCCAGUGUGUCACUUCUGUGGUGAGACCAAACACUAUAAAACUCCACACAGUGCAAAUAGUGACAUUAAUGUUGUGCAUAACUUGCUUUUCUAAAGUUGGGAAAACCACACUCUGCACAGAAACUCAAAUUCCUGUUUACACAAUAGAUAUCUAUAUCACACACUAUCUGCACGUGCUGCAUAACGGUAACAUUGUAUAAAACAUUUUAAACCUCCCAGAACUUUGCUAGAUUUAGUAAACUGCAUUCCAGUUAUUCUAGGCACAUAUUGCAAAUAAGGAGAAAUACAAAACAUUGGCGGAUCACCAGAGGUUCCAUUUCCAUCAGUGUUUCUCUCCAGAGUAGCUUCAAAUAUUAUAGCUGCACCAGUAGGCCUGAUCUACACACAAGCUCCAUUAAGCUAAAGUAGUUGUGGGGAUAUUUAUGGGAUAAUAAUAGUAAACAGUGAAAAUUGCCCACUAAUUCAAUUCUCAGAUCCCAAAGAACGUUUAUCGUGUUAAGUGAGAAGUAUAUCAUAUAAUAUCACAAUGUAUAAAAAUAGAUUUUUAUUUAUAAUGACAAAUUAAUAAUAAUAUUAUGCAACAUGCAUGACAAUAAUCAAUGAAUAUCCAGUAUAAAAUGAUAUGCAAUACAAAGAAAUGGGUAUUACGUUUCAAUGGCUAAAUAGCAUUAUCUGUCAAGACUUUUGACGAUUUAUGAGGUAUCCUUAACACAGACUUAAAGUGAAACUUUUAACACAGAGAACAGAAUUCUUCAGAGUGCAGCGUAAGGUCGUAAAGUUUAGCUGACAGUUAGAGUAACCCUUUCAAUGCUGGCUAGAUCUCCUAGGUAGUUAAGAUCUAUUCUUAUGUAAUUUUAAAUAAAAUAACAUUUAAACCAGUUCAUUAGUCAUUUCCUGGAACCAUCCAAUAACAGAAUCUACCAUAUUAUAUAAGCAGAAUUUAAUUUGUCUAAAAGAUAUCUAUCUUAUAUUAGAGCAAAUCAAUACACCUGGAUAAAAACAGCGGUAUGCUAACACGUGAUAAUAUCACAUUAAUAUAUAAUUAUUCUUAAUUCCACCUGCAGAAUGGAAUGUUUGUAACUAUAUAUUCUUAGUUAACUAAGAUUUCUUAAUAUGGAAAUCUGACUGUGCUUUAUCCAGUUAUAUAUAAUGCUAUUAAUACAUUUUAAUUUAAUUAAUUAAAUGAAACCAGUAUAAUUACCAGUUGAGAAGAUAUUUCAUCCGAUUGGUAGUCUCAGGAACUUAUUUGGAUUUCUCUCUGCAUGGAGGUUGGAAUCCCCAAACUUCCAAUUCCUCUCUCCUCUUUUUCCUUCUCCUUUGCAUCCCCUGCCUUUCCUAUCUUCCCUUUGUCUUAACUUUUAAGGGGCCAGACUCUCUGUACGUCACCAGUUAAUAACCCAAUAGAAGUACUAGAGGUGUGGUUAUCUUCCAGAUCGCAAUUUAGUUAUUUGGUCUAUAGAGGGCAGUCUUGUCCCACUAAACAUACCUAUCCAGGAAAGAGUUAACUUUUCCUGGUGGCUAUUUUGGAGUCAUUUUGGCCUAUCUAGAUAGUGGCCAUAACUUACGUAUCCUUCACAGAUCAAAGGGUUUCUUAAGUUUUGUCCAGACUAUGUGUCUGCAAUUCCUGCUAUAAUUCUAAAAUGGCAGAUCAUGAACUAAGUUUAACCUUAAACUUACAAUGGUACUAUAUAUAUAUAUAUAUAUAUAUAUAUAUAUAUAUAUCUUUUAUUAUUUAAUCUUCUCUGUCACAAUUGUCUGGGUUUAGAUUUGAUUAUAAUCCAUUAGCAUUUAGACAGUCUGUCCAACCCCCUUUCUUCUUAUCACUUGGUUUGUUUAUAGUAUGCAUUCCUUUAGCUCUGCAAAAAUGGGUAGUUUUACAGAUAGAAAUCUUGUAUCUUUUUGUUAACUUGGAAAUAACAAAAUGGAGUCUGGUCUGUUCAGAGUGACUCAGAAUAUACACUUUUAGUUUCUAUCAUAGCACAAAAUGUCUGCCGAUAUAAAUAUCCUGACAUAGUUUAGAUGACUAGUGUUCUUUUAAUAUUUCUAAAGUUGCAAAUUUCUUCUUUGUUGUCCCUUGUUUCUAUUAAAGAGAUGUCCUCAAAGAGAGAGGCUCAGCAGUGGAUGCAGCGAUAGCUUCACUACUUUGUUCUGGACUCCUGAGCGCACACAGCAUGGGUAUUGGAGGAGGCGUGAUCCUGACCAUAUACAACUCAACAACCGGUAAGAUCUAGAGAAACUAUAGUUAAAUGUACCGUAACUAUCAACCAUCAUCCAUGUCUAGACACACUACUCUUGCAUAUGUGGGUCAAUUUUUUUUAUUUAAGUGCAGUUCCUCAUGAGUUGCUUUAGCUUGACUAUGUAUAUGUGCCGCAUAACAUUGCAGUACUACAAGUAUAUGCCUUUAAUUUUGUGUCAAUCUCUUCUCCUGUAUUGCUAUUGUGGCUUUGCAGGUUGCAUCUGUAUAGAAUGGAGUACCUCUACAGAGUACUCCAAACAAAAAUAGCAGUGUGAGAUGUUUUCAGUAAGGAAGGGUCAUUUGUAUACUGUCGGUACGGACUCCUCUUCUCCCUUAUUACUGAGGUAGAUUUGUCCCUUCACUCCAGAUAAUAGGAUAACCGUAUUGGAAAAUAAAUAUUAGUCAGCGUUGGCUCAGUCUCACCCUUGCUGAGGUUAAAUAUAGUAAGGUGACCCAGCCCUCUGUUCAAUAUGAUACUAGUCCCCUGCAGAUGUUGAAUCUGGGGAGGAGGACACAGUAUAAAAUGAAAAGCUAAAUAUAGCUGUAGUCUUAAAAUGAACAAACCCCAUAUCUCAACGCUCAGUGUUCUCGAGUGGACAAUCUUACAUCCAGAGACCACCCAAGUAGGUACAGGAGACUGGGCUUCUACAGCUAUAUAGAAGUAAGCUUAUCAGUGCUACUAGAGUGAAAUACCCCCUAUGACUGGAGUCGUCCACCCGGAUGGGUAGCCAUGAUGGAGCGCCUAAGCAAAAGAAAAAUGAAAAAUAAACCAAUAAAUAGAUAAAUCCCUAACUAUACGUAAGGCUAAAGACACAUCUACUGCUACUACAAAAAAUAAUUCCUUCCGGGCAGCAGUACAAUUUUGGCCGGGGUUUUGCGAGUGUGUGUAGCCAAAAGGAGUUGCACGCGCUUCAUGUGUUCGGGAGAAAAAAAUGGCCAUGCACUAGACCACAUGCAUUUGGUGCUUUCCACCCAGGUAAAGCACUAGAGUUAAUCCUUUAAUUGCGGUUAACAGCCAGGGGUGGUCCGUGUUCUGAGGCAAUAUGAGGGGGACCACACAAGUUUUAUUCAGUACACGAACAGGGGGAUGUGGACCUGUUCGGGAAAACUCAAUAUGGGUUCGGGCAACCACAUGGAAUGAUGUCCGGUCCGCCACAGUGCAGUAAAUUUCAAAUAGUCUAAAAAAACAAAUAUAUUUUAUUUUUUAUUUUUAACAAUCCUAAGUAAUACCACAAGUAGACAAAAGUGCAAUUAUCUUUUUGGUGCAAACAGGGCCGUCUUUAAUGCGGGGAAAAAGGGGCAGCUGCCCCGGCCCUGUCAUUCCUAGGGGGCCCAAACCAGCUGCCCCUUGAGCCCGCUGGCUGCUGUGGUGCUUGCGGGCAGACCACUGCGGGCCGCACGAUGAGGGGCCCAUCGGGUGGCCCAUGCUCUUAGGGCCACCCGAUGGCAAUGAAUCUCCAGGGGCCCAGUCAGCACUGCGGCGCUUUAACAGUGCGACCGGGCCCCCAGUGAUGAGGUCAGCGGUAGGAGGAAGUGCAGUCACUUCCUCCUAGCUAACACAGAGAAUGCCGCGUGGGAGGGAGGAAGAGAGGAGGAGCGCGGACUGAGAGUGCUCAACUCCCAACAGCCUCAGACAGCCACUGGACAGCAGGUAAGUCACCCUCCUGCACCCAAAAGGUAGGAAACAGGAGGGUGACUGAAAUUGUAUAUUUUUCAUGCAUGUCUGUGUGUAUAUAUCUGUCUGCAUCUGUAUGUGUAUAUGCAUGUGGGUCUGUGUGUGUAUCUGUCUGUAUGUAUAUCUGUGUAUCUUUAUGUGUGUAUAGCUGUCUUUAUGUGUAUAUGCAUGUGUCUGUAUCUGUGUGUAUCCGUCUAUAUGUGUAUCUAUGUGUCUGUAUGAGUCUCUGUAUGCGUAUUUGUGUAUGUGUACCUGCAUGUAUGCCAGUGUGUCUGUGUUUCUGUGUAUCUGAAUAUGUGUCUGUAUGUGUUGGUGUGUGUUUGUGUAACUGCAUAUGUCAGGGUGUGUUUGUCUGUUUAUCUGUGUUUUAGUGUGUCUGCAUGUUUGUCAGCGAGUAUCUGUAUGUGUGUAUCUGUGUAUGCACCUGUGUGUCUGUCUUUGUAUGUCUGUGUAUUUAGAUGUAUGUCUGAGCCUGUGUAUGUGUGAGUCUGCAUUUGUGUUAGUGUUUGCAUCUGUGUGUAUUUUCACUAGGUAAAAGUGUGACUGUCUACGAUCUGCUUUUUUUUUUUGUGUGUGCAUGGUCCCAUUGCUCCCCACCCCCAGGAGAAAAAUAGCUUACUUGUGUUUUUUCUUUUGUGUAAUUUUAUGUAAUUGGGUAUAUGAUUUUAAAUAAACGUAUGGAAGGGGGAAGAAAAAUCAAACCUGCAUACAUGGAAAGCCAAAUAAGUGCAUCUGAUUAUACAGGUUGUUAUGAAAUCAGAAUGUCUGUCUGAAUCCUGUGGCUUAAGUCCUUAUCUGACAGAUUGUAGGCCAAUAAAAAUUUGAACUCUCCUAUGUUAACCUUGUUUGUUAUACAUUUUAAAACAGACACAUCUAUAAAGAUUUAACAGAUUGCUUAACAGUCCAGGCACACAAUGCAAAGGAGGACAAGAACACAAACUGACUUUUCUUUUGUCCCACUAUUGGUAAAAUUGGGAACUGUGACAAACAUGUAGUGGAAGCACAUCUUUAGAUGCACUCCUGCUAUGGUUAGGGCUCUAGGACCCUGAGAGCAUUGAAAACUCACUCCAUGUAUGGUCUUAUCAUGAUGGACCGAUCUGCGAGAUCAGCUGACAGCCUGAUUUGCAUUCACACCAAGCUGACCUGCCAAUUUGUAAGCAGCUAGCUAUCCUCACGUUUUCUACAUAAACUACAAUACCAGAGUAAUUGCUGUAUCUUCAAGGGUUUUUAAUAGGCGUGUGCAUUAAUAUUUGGGUUCUCUAAUUAAUUUAAAAAAAAAAAAUAAUAACUUAAGGCAGUAAUUGGUUCUUAACCCCUGGGAAAGGGCCCACAUUUGUGUGUGUCCUAAUUUUUCUCACUAAAUAGUGGAAAAAUGCUAUGUACAGCAAAAUAUAUACAUUUUUGCAGUGCACCGACUGAACCAUUUUUGCGUCCUUUAGGCUUGUAUGACUCAUCCCAAAACCCUAAUUCAGAAAUGUCAUAUUUUAGGGGAAGAAUGGUUUGGCCAAACUGACUUUUCUUGACGUGCUUGUAAACAAUUGUGUCAACAAUGAAUGGAAGGAGGGCAUCAGUGACUCCAGACAAUGUUAAAAUUUAUAUUCUAAAAUGUUUAAAAUGCCCAAUUGGGCUAAUGAGGUGCUAACCUGAGCAGCAAAGGGUAGCUGUGCUUUGCUCAGUGUCCGCUUACUGCUUUCAGCCAAUCGCAGCUGGUAUGAAUUGGCAUGGCUAGAAGGAAGUAUUGUAAUCUCUGCCUUGCUCAUACUUGUGGGUAUAAGGGUGUAAACGGCUUGAGAGGGGUUAAAGUUGUAGUAUACAGGAUGUUUAGGGCUAGAGUUGUUACAUUUUGUAUGGGGGGGAGCCUACAUACGCUGUUUAGUUUUGAGUUAAACAUUUUUUAAAGUGAGUGCUGACAUUUUGAAGGCUUAUUUGCAAAGUACUCACCCAAUAUGUCUGUACAAAGUGUAUAUAGAAAGCACUACAUACAGCAGAGGGCGCCAGACACCAGUUAAAUGUGCAAACCGCAACAAAUGUAUUUACCAUAGGGAAUGGAGUUCCACUUCCAAAUGUGGUAAAAGGCAAAAUAAUCAGUGUUGUACAUGUAUAGCUUCUGACUGAUUCCUCUUCUGCAACUGUCACUAGUCUAAUACUAUCCUUACCUUUUUGUGUCAUUUUACCCCACUCCCUCUAGCAUGUAAGCUCUUUGAGCAGGGCCCUCAACCCCUCUGUUCCUGUGUGUCCAACUUGUCUGGUUACAACUACAUGUCUGAUUGUCCACCCAUUGUAAAGCGCUGCGGAAUUUGACGGCUAAUAAUACUCACUAUGCAUAAAAGUACAAAUACAAAAAAAUGUGCAAAUAGACUUUGCCACUAGGGCUCCAAACAAUCACUUAGAUAAUCUGUCCAAGAUUUGGAGUGCAGUGGUCCCAGUCCUAGAUAUAGAUCCACUAAAUUAAAAAAAAAAACUUACAUUUAAAACUAAUCUAGUGUAGUAUAAAAUUAUGCAUUGACUGGCCAGGGCAACCAAUCCAAGUGAACCUAAUGAAUGGAUACCAAGGAAAAAAGGCCAAUGAAUAGUAACACUCUUCCUGUAUUUAAAUGGGCAAGAAUUGGGUGUUUUAGUUGGGUUGUAUCUGUGGUUGGACAAGCUUACAGUAUUGGCCUUAAUCAAUGGUAUUACCAUUUCCUCUAAGUAGCUACUUGGAACAAAAUAAAUUGGGAUGUACCUGAAAUCAUUGUGUGUAGAAAGAAAUCCGUAUUGGCUUGAGAUGUAACUGGUAAAUGCGAAGACAGCAGUUCCCAAACACUGUGCUGCGGCGAGCACACAGGGGUGUCACAAGAUAUUUUCCUGGUGCUCUAUCUCAGCACCAGGGACUGUGCCUCACUCUCUCCUGCAGGACCGGAGGGGAGAUCAGAGCUGGCAGGGGAGGGGGAGAGGACUCAGGGGAGCUCUAACCUGCAGGUUAUUUUUUUUUUUUUUUAUAUAUAUAUCUUUAUUUUUAAAUCUACCAGUGCCCCUCCCAAGAUUGGGUUCUGGAUCUGCGCCUCAACGGCAAGCAUUUCUGCCGAACAAGGGCCCAGUAUAUGCUGCUGUGCUGUAAAUGUCUACAACCUAGAGGUUGUGUUUUUUGUUUUUUGUUUUUUUAAUUUGGGGCACCUUGGUAAAAUAUUGAAAUGUUAAGAGUGCCUUGAACCUAAAGUUUGGGGACCACUGCCUUAGACAAUGUUUACCCUUUUUGUAUAUAUUUUUUUUUUUUUAUUGUGCAUUAUGUUAAAACUACUUUAAUUGUACAAUGAAAGUAAAUGAACAGGUGCAAGAUGUAUUUUUUGUUAACUGGCCGUGAGGUGCUAAUUGUUCUGGGACAGACUUGGCUUUUGUCAAAGUGCUCUUGGAUACCAAGUUUGGUGAUCAUACCUACAGACUCUUUUUUUUUUUUUUUUUUUUUUCCAGGGCCAAAAACCCAGCUCAUUCAACAAAAACCAUGCUUGUAAUCAAGAGAAUGUAUCAUGACUUUGUGAACAAGCACAUAGCAUCUAAAACAAAAUUCACUCUGGGAGGAUUUCAGUCCUUCAAAUUAUGUAUGCUAGCAAACAAGUGUUUCUGACCAAAAAUGUCUAAAAAUAGCUGCCCCACAGAAAGUGUAAGCCAGGAGAUGAAAAUAUAUUAACUAGUAACUUUAAUACACAUGGGGUUAUCUUCCAUGCAGUCUUUUAUUUUUAAUCCUAAUAGAAUAACUGACAAUUUUUACUUUGCUUAAAGGGGCACUCACUCUGCACUAUAGCCACAAACAUUCUUGUGUAAAUAUGCCCACUCACAGGCAAAAAUUUGUUGGAUUUAAAGGACCACUAUAGUGCCAGGAAAACACUCAUUUUCCUGGCACUAUAGUGCCCUGAGGGUGUCCCCACCCUCAGGGACCACCUCCCGCCAGGCUCUGGGGGGAGGAAGGGGUUAAACUUACCUCUUUCUCCAGCGCUGGGCGGGGAGCUCUCCUCCUCCUCUCCUCCUCUUUGGCUGAAUGCGCAGGAGCCACAUGCACAUUCAGCCAGUCCACAGGAAAGCAUUCACAAUGCUUUUCCUAUGGACGCUGGCAUCUUCUCACACUGACUUUCACAGUGAGAAGCAUGCAAGCGGCUGUCAAGAGACAGCCACUGGAGGCUGGAUUAACCCAUUUAUAAACAUAGUUUCUCUGAAACUGCUAUGUUUAUUAAAAAAAAAAAGUUAACCCUAGCUGGACCUGGCACCCAGACCACUUCAUUAAGCUGAAGUGCUCUGGGUGCCUAUAGUGGUCCUUUAAAAUUGCCACUGUCACAUUUAGAUGUAGCUAAUCAGCUUUAUAAUAGAAUGUCCAAUUUAGUGGAUGAUUCUAUUUAUCUAAAUGGUUUAUAUACCUAUGCUUAUUCUAUGUAUUAUGAAAGAUUACAUUAGUUUUCACGUUAAACAUUAUAUAAUCUGCAAAAAGUGGUGGAAAUAGUGGCACUUUAACUGAUAUAUUUUAAGAGUGGACAAUUCUGUUCAUGCUCACCCAGACAUUGCCUGAUGCUGGAAAGCCUAGACAGUUUGAAGUGGGCAUUGAUUAUCACCCUAACUUCAGGUGCUCCUUCAAUAUUACAAAAUAUUGCUGUCACAUGACUGUCUAAUCCAGUGGUAGUCAACCUUUUUCUACCUACCGCCCACUAAUGCAUCUUUCUUGAUGGAAAAAUUUCCUUACCGCCCUCCAGUUUUCGCGCAAGUGCAGAAUAUUUUUGUAGAAAGGAGGGUGUUUUUAAAAAAGUACGUACAUUUAUCUUUUUAUUUCUACUUAAUGCAUGUUUAUAAUGUUAACUUUAUAAAGUUUAAUGAGAAAACAAAGUAAAUUGAAAUUACCUUUACUAGUGAUUAAUGAUCCUUGAGGCUGAUGCUGCAAGACUAAAUAUUUGAUAUCUGGUUCGACUUUCGUAAGGAACAAACGAAGGUCUCCUUUCGGUGAUAUUCAAACGACUUCUGUUUGUGCAUAAUUUCUCAUCUGUGCGUCAUCUCAUCUCCCUCCUCAAUUCCCCGCCCCCCCCUUUUUUUUUUUAACCUUCCUUAUAGCAAUGCCCAGUAGGAAGGCUUAGCUAGGUAGCCCACUUACUAUAGCAGGCAGACUCAUAGACGGACGCACACAAAAUAUUUUAGUCACCCUCCUGUUUCCUACCUUUUUAGGUGCAGGAGGGUGACUUUCCUUGGGGUCCAGUGGUGGCUCAGGUGCAUGGGAGUCAGAGUUCCUACUCUGACUCCCUGGUCUUCCUCCCGCGCGGUCUGUUUGUUAGCUGGGAGGAGUGACGCGCAGUCACUUCCUCUCAGCUCUGUCAUCACAGAGGGCCCGGUCGCGCUGUUAAAGCGCCCAGCGCUGACCGGGCCCCCUCUCAAUCCACAUCCAUCGGGUGGCCCUGACAGCAUGGACCCCUUGGACAGCGGCCCCAGUGGUUUGCCACACGGGCCGGGGCCGCAAAUGGUGACGGCGGUACCCGGUCGCAGGGGUACUGCCGGCUCGCUCUCCCGCCCACACAAUCUCUGAAAUUCCUACCGCCCACCUGGAAUCCUGAAACUCCCACUAGUGGGCGGUAGGGACCAGGUUGAUCAUCUAAAUUAAAUAAAACUUCCAAAAUCAUUAAACAAUUUGGGGGGAGAGGAGAGAGUCCUCAAACUUAACUUGCACACUUUAUGUAUGAGGUUUUUUUUUUUUGUUUUUUUUUAUACAUUAAUGUGAUUCCCAAUAUAAUGUUUCUUUCUCUUAUUUUAAAUUUCAGGAAAAACAGAGGUUAUAAAUGCCAGAGAAGUGGCACCGUUAAAUGCCAAUGAAAGCAUGUUUGGAAAUAGCAGUCAGUUGUCUCAGAGAGGUGAGAUGAAUAAGGACCACCUGUUGAUCCAUACAAUGUCAUUGACCAACUUCAAACUUGAGCCUGUGCCAAACACAAAUGAUGUGGCGAAUCAAAUUUACCAUAGAAAAAAGAUACACGAUUUGCUAUCAAACUAAUGCACACUCAAUCAAGCAUGCAUGAGCAACAAUUUAAACAAAAGGGCCACUAAAAUAAUCGAAGUCAUAAAAGCUGAUGAUCAGUGUAGCUUUUAAUUAGCUUUUUAUUUUAUUAUGCAGUUACUUUGCAAUGUUGUACAAACAUACACUUGUGAAAUAUGACAUUGGGGUUUGUUCGUAAAUGCAUUGAAUGAUGCUCUUGCUCUACGCUUUCUGGGGACUGUUACCUAGCACUCACUUGUUCACUCCUCUCCUUACUUUCUUACUAGUGGGUAGAAGCUCCUGGUAUGUAGCCUGGACAAAAAAAACGUAGAUAUGAGUGUAGAAGGGGGACAUGCCACUGUAUUAGACCUAAACAGUAAGCGCACGCAUGUUUUGUUUUUGUUUUUUACCUUUGCCUGCCAGUCAACACUAUCUUUGUUCUCCUAAAUCUUCUUAAUUUUCCUAUACUUAAAUAAAAAAACAAAACACCCAUUACUCUAAACAUGCUCUUGUUUUGUGUAAAGAAUUAUUUAAAUCAAUGGGCUCGGAGCUUUAGCUCAACAAGGCCCUUUAGUUGGUUUCUUUUAUCUUUUUACUCUAACACGGUCUGUCCAAUGCUAUUGGUCAUAUGAAUUGAAGGACAGGGCAACUGAAUAUGCUUAGAAUAUUGUAUUGACAGUCCUAAGAUGCAGCUACUAAUCCUUGACCAAUCCACUGUGAGCAAAGUUUUAAUAUUUUGAGGUUCUCAAGAUGGAAUGGUGAAUAUCUGUGUUUUAAUUCUUAAAGUAGCCACUUCAUUUUGUAAGAUAAUUUUAAAUUGGGUUUUUGCAAUUCCCAUAUGUUCAAUUUUCCCUGGUAAUGUUUGACAACAUUGUUAAUAAUUUUAAGAUGUUAAAGUAUUGGUGCAUGGUUGCCAAUAUGGCUUUGUCUGUAUGUUCUAGUCAUAUACACACUAGCUCGGACAGAUUUCUUGACAUUCAGCAGAAAGAGUAUAUAUUCAAAGUUUGCUGCCUAAAGAGCUGGGGUUGCUCUACUUCUUUUUGGUGAGACUAUGCUGGAGUGUAUUGAUUUAUAGAGGACUUUUUUGCAAAGCUUUUAAUUUUGCAUCUUAUCGUUUCUCAACAUGUUCAAAAGCAAACUUCUUCUUAUAGUAAAUACUAUUAAAUAGUUACAGAAUAAACUUAACUGAAAAAAUAAAUGCUGGACAAUCUGGUUUCAGAGGUCAGUGUGGUUUUCUAAACCAAUGGGGCUCCUCUUAUGGCUUUGGACAUCCAAACUGGAGCCCGGUGGUACACAAACUCAAGACAGAAGGUGGUGGCUUUGGUUGGACACUUAGUACAUGCUGUCAUGGCAAACAGGACAUGUCCUUCAAAUCUAAAAUUUGAUUCAUUUUAUCACAUGAAGCUUUGAUCAAUGCUGAUAUAGUCCUAGGCUUACAUUAACUCACAUUUUAAGACUAGGCAAUGAGUGUAUGGUGUUUACUAGAGUCCAUAAAUCUUGUAAUAUUUGCCUUCUCUCUGUUACCAAUAUGACUGCCUCUCCUAAAUGUCCUUUUAUUGUCCUCACUUCUAUCUCUGGUUAAUUUCUUUAGGAGGACUUUCUAUUGCAGUACCUGGGGAAAUCCGAGGAUAUUAUGAAGCACACAAGCGGCAUGGCAGAUUACCAUGGAAAAGGCUCUUUGAACCAAGCAUUAAGUUGGCACGUGAGGGGUUUAAAGUAGGAUUGGGUCUAUCCCAAGGCCUCACAGCAAGCAAGAUUGUUAUUGAAGGGGACAAGUCACUAUGGUAAAGCAUCUCCCUUAACUGUCUCUAGUGUGUCCAUUACGUUGAGUUAAUGAAGUUAUUACUUUAGAAGCACUUGCAUUAAUUGAAACCAAUGAGCCAAUAAAAUCAGCUACAUUAAGUUGCAGAAUGUUCCAAUAUAACCAGCUUGAGCCAGACUAGUGCAUAUGGUAGUUGAGAGAUAUAUAGAUAUAUUGGAUUAUCACUCCCACUGCUAUGAACUAGAAGUAGGCAUAGCCUUUAAGAAAGUGAUUUGGUUUCAAAAUGAACUGUUCUUCUAGACUGGGCAGAGCUACCACCAUCAAGAAGUGCCAAUCCCAGGGAAUUGGCUCUGUAUAUGGAGAUUUCUGCAUGUGCAAGAGUACAGCAGUGACAUCGGCACAGCGCCAGGAGCUGAAAAGAGCCCUCUGGAAUAUGGUGGCAUAGGGCCAGUUCAGGUAUGAAGAACUUGCCUUUCCCUGCAUUCUCAGACGCUUUAAGUAUGUGCGUUACUGGUUUACCAUGAGUGGUGUUCAAAGAGCAUGGCCUUCAGGAUACUGUUAUCAGUAUAGCGAAAGUUACUUGGCAGGAGUGAAGGCUGAAAUCAUUCUGAAAAUGGCUAACAGAUGGCAUGACGCUCUGGAAUUGGCAGUCAAAGCAACAAACUAUGAAAAAUCUUUGUAACUGAAUACACAACGCAGGAUGAGUGCAAGAAGAGCUUACUCAUGAUAACCAGUGUUGGAUCUGUUCCGACUAGAUACUAAUGAUAUCAUAUUACAUGCUUCUGUAGAAAUAAGCCUGGAAAUUGGAGAUACCAUGGUUAUCGGCGCACAAUCUUUAGUGUAAUGUUAUGGUAGGAUGACAGCCAAAAACUAUACAUAAAACCCUGCAAAUAUGAUAAAGCUGGAAACCACAUACCCUACUCUCAGUGCAAACAGUGGCUGUCAUUCUUCUUGGUGAAUAAGCUAUUGUGCGUUUAUAAAGAUUCUUAUUUUCUUUAGGCCAAGUACAGGUCACCCCAAUUUACAAAACAUGCUGGUGUUUUCACUCAAAUGGGAGAGCUGAAAUAUAUGGGGUGGGAGGGGGGGGUGUUUUGUGGGGGUUUUUUUGUGUUUUUUUUUUCCCGGACUUGACCCUUGGCAUCACUCAUUACUGUCCCUACGUCUCCUGCAUGGAGCAAGUGUUCGGAGUCAGUGGGAAUGGUCCAAUCCAUUACUUCUGAGAAGCAGUUGAGUUGAUCUUGAGAGGGAUGCUGUCAGUCUUUCGGGACAGUAUGGGGAGCUUUGCUUAGUGCUGGAUUCCAGGUUUAUAAUUUAAUAGGCUUUCAUGGGUAGAGGACCUAACUCUUACUUACUCUUACUACUACCAAUAGGGAAUUGUAAAUUAAAAUGUGCAUUUUUUGAAAAAAAUACUUAAGUGUUGAAAACCAGUGCCCCCUAGAGGUGCCUAAUGGGGAAAUCUGACCCUGACUUUAAAUAUGUACAGAUGGAGCCAACUAUUUGUGACUGCUGAAGGCAGUUUGCUGAAACAGAUUUUUAUAUAGGGGUUUCCUAGCAAAAGGGUGAAUAGUUACGCAAUCGACAAAUGUCUGUUUUUAAAAACUCUCCAAGCACCAUGACCACUAAAACCUGGUAUACCAGGCUGUGCUCCCCAUAUUGCUGCAGCCCUUCUCUCUCUUGAGAAGACCUGCAUCAGCUGAUUACUAUCAGUCACUGAGCUAAGCGUUGCACUGCCUGGUGGACCCCAAGUAAGAUAUCAAAAGAUUAGUAAAUGGAUCCACUACCUACAUGGGGGUGCCAGAGAACUGCUGGCACCAUAACAUUUAUAGUGCUAAUGCAGAUGUAACUCUUCCUAAUUGACUGUUAAUUUUGUCCAAUUUAGAUCUUGAUUGGCUGAGCAAGUCAAUCAGUGCUGUAGAAAUUUGGACUAAAUAGAUUCACACAACUGGGGUAUGGCUUCCUUGGUUUUCUAGCACCAUAAACUCUACAAUUAACUAUAGUAAUCCUGAUUAAAAUGCCCCUUUAAAUAAAGCCCUCCCCCAGUAUUAAACAAAUGAUGAUUUGUAGAAUUACAACAUUAGGAAAAUGGAAAUUUGGCUUUUACAUGGCGUAAGGGAUAUAGAGGUAGUGAAUUCACUUUUAAAAAUUUUUUAUUUUUUUUUAAACAAAGCUGUUACAAAUGAGUGUGGGCAAACAAUUGCAUUUUAAAUACGUUUAGAUCGAAGUCAUCUUUUAAGUCCCACAGAUACCAGUGUAGAAAUGCUGUUCUGCAGUACUUUGUUAAAGUGUAUAUCAUAGGCAGUGCUGCUUUGUAUCUAAUGUGGGUAGAAGUGUGCCCUUCUGAGAACAUGUACCCAAUCGUCCCAAUGACCAGUUGUGUGGCUUGUCCGUGAAGUGGUGGGUUUGUCAUUCUGGUCAUUGGGCCUCUUAACAACGGGAGUUGUGUAGACACUUGGCACUAUGAGGUUUUGGGGUUUUUUUGCGGCUUGGUUGUGUUGGUAACAAUACAUGUAGGUAGAGAAGGAUAAGGGGUGAAACAAGAGUGAGAAGGGAAAGUGUCCCAGUUGGUGACAAUGGAUGUAUCCGCAUUCUAAAGAAACCUUUGUUGGUUGUUAGGCUGGGGGAGGUCCUGUGCUUGGACCAUGAAUGGUGGUAUAUCUGUUAUGCAUUACUUGUCUGAGUAUGUUUCCUAUGUUACUGAAAUCCGUGUCCCUAAUGUGUGGUGGUUUUUUUUUGAGAUUCAUGCUCACGAAUUCACAUUUUAAGAACCUGUAACUAAUGCUUUGAGUAAACUAUAUUGAUUCCUCCACUGCAAUAUCGGGUAUUUGAGAAGAAUAUGACAUGUUGAUGCUUUUGUAUGUGUGCUAGAAAUGACCUAGAUGAGAAGUGUUAUGUCAGUUUACUUCUUACAUUGCAAGAGUAUGUAAAGUACACAUCUAUACUUUACUGAUCUUCGCCGCUUUUAUCAGAGUAUGCUGGAAAAUGUUUGAUUACAUGAAAUUGCAAUAAUCUCUAAUUUUGAUAAAUCUACAGUUGUAAUGUAUCCUGUAUAACAGUGGCGCUGGGCCCCCUCCAUGGGCACGCGGCCAUAGGUCACCGGGGAGGGGGUCGCUGGCGCCGGUUACACCAGUUGGCAGCAAUGCAGAGCAGGCAGUCUACUCUGCUUUCGUGUCGGGAGGACCCAGAAGCACGGGGAGGGAUCUGACAAGCAGCUCUCCUGUCGUCCUGCGAGCAAUAUGUCUGGUGUUGCCGCGUGUUACCAUGGCAACGUGCCACACAGGAGGACAGGACAGCUGCAGCCAGGCACAUACUUGCCACCAGGAAUGGCUGUCUUCCCCCUGCCCCCCCUCCUUUGCCAAAGGUAAGAAGGGGAUAAACCUUUUCUCCCACUCCAUCAUUUAAAAUUUGUAUCAUUUAACUUUUUAUAAAUUAACUUUUUUUGAUUUAAAAAAAAAAAAAAAAAAAAUUAGUUUGAACAACUGUAAGAGUUUGAUGGGGGGGAAAAGUUGGCAUGUAUUGCGGUUUGGGCACUCUGGCUUAAGUUCACCAUCACUGCUGUAUAACAACAAGAUUAAAACCCACAUUGACAUACAGAUAGCCCGACUGACCCCAACCCGGAGACCGCCUCAAACCGAGAGAAAUAACCACACAAGGGCGCCACGGCACGGGUUCUGAACACAGACGCUCAUACAAGGCAACCAAUGGGGACGGACCGCCUUAUCCCGCUACAAAAUCUGACCUAGAUACAUUAUAUAGCACCCUAACAUCGGCUAACCAAUUCACGCAAUGGCAUCCACUGUGCAAUAUAUCGUAAAACAAUAUCACCAUAGUCUCUACGCCCUAUGAGACCGCAUACCAAUCUGCUUAAGAAAGGCACAAUACAAAACAAGAUGCCGGCCUCAAAAAAAACCACAGGGACCAUGUGUUAUAAGCCUCUGUGUAGGCUACUGCUGUAAAACUACUGAUGACACAACCCCACAUCCCAAACCAUUUACUAAGUAUACAACACUGCCCCUGCAUCGGUAAACUGCUCUCAAUCAGAGGUUACGAAAUGCCCAUCAUUACCCAGGUCAGAACGACUACGAAAUAUGUAAUUAGCAAAGGCGUAUGUGUGUGUGUUAAUGGACUGUGUGUGUGUUAAUGGACUGUGUGUGUGUUAAUGGACUGUGUGUGUUAAUGGACUGUGGGUGCUGUGUGUGUGGGUGGAGUUGGGGGUACAUUAAUUGCUAUCCCCCCUCCCUUCUUACCUUUUUGUAGGGAGGGGGGAUCCUUGUUCCUGCUGAUUCCUUCCCUGGUGGUCCAGUGGAGAGUGAACUCUAGCGCUAGAGUUCACUCUCGCGAGAUUUGAGUGUUGCCGUGGCAAUAGCUCCGCCGGGUCCUUUCCUGCCUCCCUCCCUGCCUGUGGGGAGGGAGGCUGAGAGCAGAGCCGGCGCUCGGAUAGCGCCGGCUCUGCAUGAGCCGACAGGGGAGAUCCUGAGAUCUCCCCUGCCGGUCUCAAUCCAUAGGCGUGCUGCGUGGAUUAGGGUGUGCCCAGGCACACUCCGUGCGCACGCCUAUGGUAAUUAGCCUUACUCUUGUUUGUUUGACGUCAUCUGCCUCUGUGUAGGCAACAAUGCACCCUCUUUUCAAAUCUGUUGUAUGUCUGCUAACAUGUUGCAUACGAAAUAAAAAAAAAAAAACACAUUGAACAUGCACAGGGUUAUCUGCUAAAGUGAAAAUCCGAAUUUUAAGGCCUAGAGUAGCUUAAACAGACCAGUGCUGAUUUCAGUUUGGCUUUUUUUUAACCUUUUAUUUUGAAUUCUCACUUUAGUGAAUCUACUUGAGUCAUAAAUGAUCUACACAUUAACAUCUGCUCUCUAUUUUGCCACAGUGAGGUGUUUUGCAAUGCAGAAGGCAAAGUGUUGGAGCAAGGCGAUACUGUGAAGCUACCCAAACUGGCAGAAACACUGCAAACACUGGCAGAAGAGGGUCACGAGUCUUUCUAUACAGGUUCCCUUUCCACGAAAGUGCUGCAGGACAUCAAAGAUGCAGGUGAAACUUAACGAGGUGGGAUGGGUUAUAGACAGAGGAAGAUGAGGGGCCUAGAUGGAGGUUUUUGGUUUUUUAUAAAACCUGUGUUAAAGUAACACUGCAUACAAGAUGUGAAAGCUUUGUAUUUUCACUUUUAUUAGCUAAAUGCUGGGCUCACUGAAGUCUGACACACAUUGUUCUUUGUAAACGCCAGUACCACAGCUCUGGCACGUUAGGGACUUCGACCAAAUCAAUUACUGCAAUGUGUAAAGUUUAUUCAGUACAGUAUGCCAGUAUUCAGUUGAAUAUCCGUUCAUAUUGACAUCAGUUUAUAGGCUGACAUGCCUUUAAAAUCCAAUGGAAACUUAAUCUGGCAGGGUUUAGUAGAACUUGGUUUGGUAGAACACUACAAAUUCUCUACUCUCCAAGUUACAGUAGGAAAAUAAAAUGCACACUUGGUAAACAAACUAACUUGUUCUAAAGGGAUAUUUCUUUAAAUCGAUAUUGCGUUACUCCUCUGACAUUUUCUCACAGGUGGAAUUAUUACGGAGGAAGAUCUGAGAACCUAUGAAGCAGAAAUCUAUGACAAUCCACUUCGUUACCAACUAGGCGACUACACUUUAGUCACCCCCAAUGCUCCACUGAGUGGUCCAGUUCUGGGUCUCAUGCUAAACAUCCUAAAGGGUGAGUAUUCUCAUAGAGUUGCAUACUGGAUAGUCUGUGUGGAAUCUCUCUCGUACACACAGUGAUAUUUAGCUUUUUCUGUAAAAGAACAGAGCUAUAAUAUUAGGAUGAUCCAUCAAGAAGUCUGCAUAUUGCAUGACCUGUACUAUACAUAGCAUUUAUUAAACAUUGUAAUUCUUCUAGAUUUACCUGCCCACUAGCACAUGUAAAUCUCUUAAAAUGCUACAUCAAUCCAUGAAAUGUAAUAACCGCAGUGUAAAGUACAAAUAGGUGCUGCCAUGCUUUUAGGUUUUUUUGUUUUUUUGGUAACCGGACAGACUGACUUCCUACUGCUGUUUUCCAGGUUUCAAUUUUACUGAAAAGAGUGUCUUGACGGACAGUGACCUUGGGUUGACAUAUCAUCGCAUUGUAGAAGCUUUCCGAUUUGCCUAUGCCAAAAGAACUUUGCUGGCCGAUCCAAGAUAUGUGAAUAUUACAGAGGUAAUAUUCAGCAUCUCUGCUACCAUUCCUUUUUCAACUUCUUUGGCUGUGUCCUCUCAUAGCACUUUCUCAAAUGUAUACAGAUUGACAUUUUAAUUUUUCUACUUGCACUACUCUGUGACCUAAAUCUGAGAAUAGGUGUUCUGAAUUCCCCAUGUCGGUCACAUAAGAUGUAUUGCACAGCUAAACUAUAGUCAUACCAGCUCUUAUGGGAUAUUCUUUGUAACUUAAAGGAAUAGUCCAGACCAAAAAAAUGGGAGGGGAAAUCACAAUUUAGUAGGUACUAAGCUUUUAUGGCACUGAGUAGAUGCAUGAACGCCCAGUGACAUUCUGAGAAUUAUUAUUCUGUCCUGUGGCUCUGCUGACCACCACUGAGUGGAAAAAAUACCCAUAGUAACAGUUAUUUGUGUGAACUUUGUGCAUAUUGAGUACAUUGCAUCAUAUGGGGACUAAACAGAUCUACACAGUGUAGACAUAUUAAAACUAUUUUUGCCUGCUGACUGUUCGGUACGAAGAACAAUAUCUGGAGUUUGUAGUCGAAAUGGCUCUGUUAAGAGACCUCCAGUGUCUUUAAGUCAAACCGCCGUUUAGUAGACCUUCCCCAGCUGCAGUACAGUCCCCGUUCACUUAAUCUAUAUCACACGAACCAAAUGCAGGGGAAGCGACAAUCUCCCGAUCGAAAUCCGUGAACGGCUCCAAACUCCCGAACGGUAAUACACGAACUGCUGGUAACCGUCGAACAGCAAUAUUCCCCAAGCGGCUUUCGCUCCAUCCAGCAGUCUCUAAACGUGAAGAAGAAAUCCCCCCAAUAACGAGACAGAAGCUCCGUAUUGAGGGUCAAACAGAAUCUGGCUUUACUGUGGGCUACCUGCCCGUAUUUAUGCAGGUCUCCCACCUGGUGGACACUCCCCUAGGGGACCAAAUGGGAGACUUAAAUUACAGACAGAUCUGGGGACAUCCCAGACACACAGUCACAGAUUUUACCCACAGUGCAUUAUGAUUCCCUCCCCUCUGCCCUGGAGUUAAUUACCAAGUAACUCAAUUAACUCCAGGACAAAGCCAGUCGCCAUCUUAGACAUAAAAUAAUAAAAGACAUAAAAAUACAUAACUACAUAAAAACCGAACAUUUCCCAUUCGUAUUACAUGUCCCCAGAUAGCCUGGAUCUGAGUGCAUAUUAUUAGCGAAUAGCACUCAGAUCCCACACACAUAGUUCAAUCGCCAUGGAGUCAAAGUUCUUACAGUCUUUCGGUAUACGAAUGACUCCAUGGGAAGGCUAUCUGGGUUAAGUCUUUUCGUAUGCUCUCAAUCUCCCGAACGGCCGGUGUUCGCAUGCUUUCGUGGAGGCAGCCAGGUGUUCCGUUGUUUCAGCGGUGUUCGGCAGAAAAAGUGUCCGUUUUCAGUUCCAUAGAAAUAGAGCCAAACACCGCUGGGCGUUCGCGUGAUUUAAAAUGGCCGCUGCCUCGUGGUCGACAUACGAACGACGACCACCCUGAAUUCGGUUUAAUUGAGAAGUGUCUGCGGUUAACCACCCGUUCUAAUUGGGAUCACUUCGUUAACCAGCAGCACACUCCUCACUUGGGUGGCCGUUUGUUCGGCAGGUUUGUUCGGGAAAAAGAGUCAUUCGAAUGUCUGGGCUGUAGAAACCAGCCAUUCAUACGAACGGGGGACAAACAGACGAACGUAGUAAAAAUGCAAGCAGACAGAUGGUUCUGUCACAGGCUCCUUAAGGAAACAAAAUGGUUUUGCCACAAUCUUUACAGGGCCCUCUGGACUGUGUGAAUAACUCUAGUGGUUAUGGUGCCAGGACCAUACUAACAAAGUUACCUGUAGUGGUUAUUGUGUUCUUUAAGAUUAGAAGGCUUUAGAUGCCAUCUUGGUAGAUGGUUUGUAAAAAUAGAAGCUGCUCAUGUGAAAUUCUUCAGAUCCAAAGUAACUGAACUGCAAGGCAUCCUUCUCAGUGUAGGAUUUGGUUACUUUGCUGUUUUAUCCCAUCGUACAUUAAUCCCCCUCCCCCCCCGAUUUGAUAUCUAGAAGGUAAAGGAGUUGCAUCCUAAAUCAGUGAUCUGGCUUGUUAACUUUUAUUGCCGAUGCAGGUGUUAAAGAAUCUGACUUCCGAUGCAUAUGCGUCAGAAUUGAGAGGGAAGAUCACAGAUACCACCCAUCCAUCAGACUACUAUGAUCCUGAAUUCUAUUUACCAGAAAACCAUGGCACUGCACACCUGUCAGUCGUGGAUGAGGAUGGUAAUGCAGUCUCUGCCACCAGCACCAUCAACCUAUAGUAAGCUCAUGGACCGUUUCUAUGAAUUGUGGUUUGUCCUUGUCCUUUCCUUUGUUCAAAUUUUUCAAUCACUUGCUUUGUAGUGAAAGGGGUUAAGGGCUAUAAAGUGUCAUCUUUGUUAAGAAAAAAAUCAGGGAUACUGAAAGUCAAUUGAACAUCAAUUUUAUCGAAAACUUAUGAUACAGUGGGCAAAUAUUGCCCAAGUGUCAUACAACAGUUACAUUUGACAUGAAUAGGAUUGUGUGAAAGUUAAAAAAUUAUUUAGCAAUCAAAUAGGUAGAUUAUGAUAUAAAGUGCUAUAUAGACUAUAAAUCUAUUUUUGCUUGCAGCUUUGGGUCCAAAGUUCGAUCUAAUGUGACGGGAAUCAUUUAUAAUGAUGAGAUGGAUGAUUUUGGUUCUCCUUUUAUAACCAAUGGAUUUGGAGUCCCUCCUUCUCCUGCAAAUUUUAUUAGACCAGGUAAUGAUCUUGCUUACACUUGCAAAGAAAUCAUUCAGCAGUAAAAACCAAAAAUAUAAUAUGGAGUGAAAUCUGGAUUUCACUAGCUGUUUUUACUUCAAGCAAGCAUUAAGCUCCAGGUUUCAAACGUAUACAUUUAUUGGUAAUAGUUUAAAUUGCAUGUUUUAUAUAAAAUAUGAUUUGAAAAACUGCAUGCAUAAUUAUUGCAUUUUACCCAUAUAGACUUUAAAAACAAUUUUUGAAAAUGUACUUAUUGCUUUUAUUUAUUGUUGAAUUAAAUUUGGCUGUUUUUGUAGGGAAACGACCCCUCUCUUCUAUGGUCCCUUCUAUUGUGUUGGACAAGAACAAUCAGGUGCACAUGGUGGUUGGAGCCUCCGGAGGCACUAAAAUUACCACCGCAACAGCUCUGGUAUGGUUUUAUUUUAUAUAAUAAUGGUGGAAAAGUGGAGUCCUGGGGAGAUUAGAAACCUAGAAUGUGACAGCAGAUAUGAACCACUUGGCCCAUUUAGUCUGCCCAAUAUUUGAAAUACUUUCAUUAGGGAGAGGUUGCUAAAUUAUCCACUACACCAAGCAUGUCAAACUCAGUCUAGCACGGGCCAAAUAAACCAGGUUUAAGUUUGUGGGCCACAAAAAAACCUUACAUUUUCAUAGAAAUGUUUGGCUUGUUUUUGGAAAAGUACAGUAUAAAAAAACCAUCCCUCUAUUAAAACUCAGUCCUCCCCAUAUACUAAAUCCCAGCACCCUCCUCUAGCCAACAAGCAGACUCCACUCACAUUGCCGCUGCCAGUAUGUGACUCGAGUCCGGCCUCUGGUAUAGCCCAAAUGGUGCUGUUGGCACUCUGUGCCAAAGCAGAUCCUCUCGUUACUCCUUGAAACCCUUUAAAGAUGGAGCACAUCGUAAUGUGACAUGGCAUUGCAUGUCUCAGUGCACCUCCAGGUAUUUCACUGUCCAGCUAUGGCCAUUGCCACAGACUGCCACACACACAGACUGCCACACCCCCUCCUCCCCCCCGUAAGGAGCAGGUGAACCCAUAAGGUACAUAAUUGGAGGGUUGCUUUAAAAAAAAUCUUUCUCCCCCUCUUUCUCCCAACACAGAAAUCCUAAUUUACCUUUCCUGAUUAAAUACUAUGUUUGUUUUUUUGUUUUUUCUUGGUAGUUUGAAUGUUAAGUGCUUGUUAAAUGUGAUUGUUGCUUAUGUGAAGAUUCCCUACAAAAGAGGUCUGUGUGGUAACCUAGUAUGUCUUUGUAGGUCAUUAUAAACGUGCUGUGGUUUGGUUAUGAUGUAAAGAAAUCUGUGGAGGAAUCUCGGGUGCACAACCAACUUUUCCCCAAUGACACCACCUUAGAGGAAACUAUAAAUCCAGUGAGUAAUCUUAAGCUAUGACUUAAACUGUGAAGCCUGCAGGAACUAAAAUGGAAUAACUCGCUUGCCAUGCAGUUGUCUCUCUGAAUCGGAGAUUGAUAACUCAUACCAACUGAACAUGAGGGCUUGUAUAGGAUACGUCUGGCUUCAGCCAAACUCUGGCCCUCCAGAAGUUGCUGAACUACAACUCCCAUGAUUACGUGGGAGUUGUAGUUCAGCAACAUCUGGAGAGCCAGAGUUUAAGGAAGCCUGGUAUACAUACCUGCUCUUAAAACCUUAUUCAUAAACUAAUACUUACCAGGCCCAGUGACUACAGGACUUUCACAUCUCAUCUCCCAUUCUGAAUGGAAAUCUUUCAACAUGGCCCAUAUGGUGUAUUCUGCAGUAUGUAUAUGAAAAACAAAUAGGGGCCCUUGUGACUUCCUUCUCACAAGUCUUCAACAUUUGGUGUCUUUGCUACAUGGGGAACCUCAUGGGUCUACUUUCUUAUGGUACUAUAUACUUUACAAAACUCUAAUUGCUCGACAACCCAUGAUUCUAUGAAUGAAUCGAAUGUCUGUUCUCUUUACUUUUCUUGUGUACAGGGGAAAGAAAAUAUUUUUUGCACUGUAUUGUGUGUAUAUAUAACCUGUUUUCCUGCACAUACUUAGCCUUGUAUGAUCUUCCAAUUUUCCACGUAAUAUUCAUAGAAACGUUGGGGGGAAAAAGUGACACUUUCAAUAGAUAUAAAAGGUAGAAAAUGUUUUACAUACUUACUGUAAUUUUCUCCCCCCUGCUGUCAGGACAGGAAUAAUUAAUCAAACAAUUAAUAGUCAAUCUAAGCACCCCCAGUCUUGUUAAAAAGCAAUAGCUGAGGAAUUCAGAAGGGAGGGAGCAUGAUGCUGCCAUGUAGAAAAGCCAGGAAAAGAAAAUUAUGGUAAGUAUGUAAACCAUUUUCUACUUUCAUGGCCAAACAUGGCUGCACCACUUAUGGGUAUUUCCCAAGCUCCCAUAAAGGGUGGGAUAAAUUAAACCGUAGACCUCAUAGAUGCUCAACACACAAGGUUUAAAGCUAGGACACUUUUCCCAAAACAAGAUUCUUCAGAAGAGGACAAAUCCAGUUUGGAGUGUCUUACAAACGUAUAAUGAGGAACAAAUAUCCUUUACCGGUAUCUCCACCCUAGAAGCCCAUGAAGUUGCCAAACUUCUGGUUGGAUGUGGUCUGGUGCUGGGAGCUUGGAGACCCUGGGAAGCAUAAGCUUAAGUAAUUGCCAGGGGAUCCAUCUCCUGGUGCCUGAUGGAAGGAUGACUAGUAGGGAUGUGCAUGGAAAAAUAUUCGGUUGGGGUUACUCCUGUUGUGCCUAAUCAUUAAAUUCAUGAAGCACCAAUAUCCAAAAAGUAAUAAUCAAUUACCUAAUAAGAUUUAUAGCGAUAUUGGCGGGCACACAGCCCAGUUCGAGAGGAGUGUCUUCGGCUAUAGGAAAAAGAAACCACACAGAGACCAAGUUGCAGAUAAGAAUUCACACCACACUUUAUUUUCCACAAGGGGACCCAAUACAGAUUAAGCUUAACUCUCAUUAAGUAGUUGCAUGCAUUCACUUCAAAACAGCUUAGUAUCUAGAUAUAUCAGCUUAAGUAUACAUCACCGUUAGAGGAGCUUGUGUCCUCUGCACUUGACUGGGGAGAACUCUGGCAGUCGGCUUGGAGGGACCCUCUCUGGGAACAGCAGAGACCAGCAACACGCGUCCGCAUUACAGGUGGGUAGUUCUCCAAGUGAGUGCCAAGUUUCUCCGUCUUUUAUACCUUUUUAGCAAGUUUGUAACUUUUCCAAGAUUUGUUAUCAGUGCAGCCCAGCAUGUAUCUUGUCAUGCGCAUUAAGUAAUCCGUAUGGUUGAUCAGGCCAGUCGUGACCACCCAAGGCUCAUGCCAGACACGUGCGGUAUCUUAUUCUAUCUAUGUCCCUACUCUUAUCUUUCUAUACAUUUGUUGGCACCAAUUCCCUCUGUUCAGCACGUGGGCCUUUUUGGAUAUUGGCCAGACAUGCUAUGGAAUAUUCCAGGCAAUGUUGAAUUUCUUAGUGCGACAGUUUAUGCAAUGUCAUCAUAGCUGAAUUUCUUGGUGCGACACAGGUUGAAUUUCUUAGUGCAACACAGUUUAAGCCAAGUGCCAUCUUAACUAUCUAUAAUAGAUUAAUUUGCUCAUUAGUGAUCAAUCAUUCUUAAUUAGUUAAUUGGAUUUUAUCACAACUCCUAACCUAAUCCUACCCAUUUUGCUACUUUUCUGAAGUCCAAAGCACUUCAGCAGUUCAGUUCGGCAUUCGGAAACAUCCGAAUGUUCAAAGUUCGGCCGAACUUCCAUUCAGACCGAACCGAAUUGCACAUGUCUAAUGAAUAGUCUUCCUGAUUUUCUGAAGUGCAUGAAUGUCUGUAGAUUCUGAGGCACCUUACCACAUUUAAUUUACUACAGCUUUUUUUUUUUUUUUCUUCUCUUCCUGGUUAGAUGGAUUAGGGAAAAAUGAUGUAAGCACUAUCUCCUGUUGAAUGUGGAACCUAGAAACCACUUUAGGGAGAAAUUCAGGUCUGGGAAUAAGAACCAAUCUAGCUUGGAUAAGCAUGGUGUAUGGUUCCACUGAGCUUAGUGCCUGUAGCUCUGCGACUCUUCUGGCCGAUGUUAUGGCAAUUAGGAAGAGUGUUGUAGUAGUCAGCAAAUAUAUGCACAAUUCUUCCAAAGGCUCAAACAGGCCACUUGUUAAGGCAUCUAAAACCAGCGGAAGGUCCCAAGGAGGGGUUAAUUUCUUCACAGGAGGCCUUAUCCUCAGAACCGCUCUGUAGAAUCUCCUAAUCAGAGGGUUUAGAGCCCACCUGGUAUUAGUUAAAGCAGAAAUGACCAAAAUUUGUACUUUCAACGUACUGAGGCUUAGACCUUUUAUCCAAACCUACCUGGAGGAAAUUAAAUAUAUCAGCCACUGACUCUUCAUUGGCGAUCCCGUUCUCCAACUUCCAGGUUCUGAAAGUUUCCCACACUUUGUGACAGGUGGCUGAAGUACAGUUCUCUCUUGACUUUAAUCGGGUAUUAGAGACUGAUUCAGACAGGUUCCUCUUUUCAAGCGCCAUGCCACUAACUGAUGGGAUUGGGGCUCUGGAAGAACUGCCUGGCCCUAAAGUAACAGGUCCAAUCUCUGGGAAUAUUAUGGGGGCUCCUUGGUUCAUAUGUAACAGGAGAAGAAAUUAAGGUCUCCUUGGCCAUGAUGGUAUUAUUGCAUCACUAGGCAAUUAUCGUGCCAAAUUUUCCUCAAUCCUGAAUAAACAGAAUUGGAGGGAAGUCCCAAUUCUGGGAUAAGGCAUCCUGGGCUUCUGCCUGAGGGUCUUUCCACCUCAAAUCUUGGUACUUUAAUUCCGGAAAGAAGCCAUCAGAUCUAUUUGAGGCAUUUCCCAUAUUUCCACUAUUUGACAAAAUACUUCCUUAUUCAAGGACCAUUCCCCUGGGUCCAUGCUUGACCUGCUUAGUCUGUCCGGGUAUUUUUAAUUCCCAGGAGGUACACUGCUUUCAGAUCUAUCAGGUAAAUCAUAGCCCACUCCAUGAUGGGUUGCAUUUGAAGAAGUAACUGCUUCCUCUUGUACCACCUUGAUUCCAGGACCCAGCCACCACUCUGUCUGUAUCACUCCUUUCCCCUUCAGGUGGGUGGCAAAUGACAUCAUUGCCUUGUAUACUGAACACAUUUCUAGAAUGUUGGAAUGGAGAAGACUUAUGAUUGUGCCAUUGUCCUUGAGCAAUUAAGUUCUUGUAGUGUGCUUGCAUCUGUCAUCACCAUUUCCCAAGGAGGAUCUUCAAGUGGAAAUCCCUUGUUCAGAUUGGGUUCCUUCAUCCACCAUCUCAAUUGCUGUUUGAGGUCUUGGGGAAUUAUUAUCCACUGAUUCAAAUUAAUGGAAACUCGUGUGUGUGUUUUUUUUUUUUGGCCUGAGGAAGUUCAUCGGGGCAGGUCUUAUCUUCCAAUGUGCCCAUCUGACUAUACUUAUUUGUUACGGUUACCUCCGGGCUAGCUGGAGGUUGGACUCCUUGGAUAUCCUGGUUCCCAAGUUGGAGAGGUAGAACGUCGCUCCUAUCAGCAUCCACAACAUUCUCCUGAAAGUGUAAAAUAAUCCCACUAGCUAUGGCAUAGCUAGGAUACACUCUUCCCUACAAAACGAGUUGAGGCUGCGACUUGAGGGUAACACGAACUGAAUUUAAUGGCACUCAGGCAGGACAAUUUAUGCAACUUUCAGACAAUGACCUAGUUUAUCCAAUGGAAACUCAGUGUAACAUUUGAAAAUAUCCCCGCCUUGCUUGGAGAUAAUUGGCCUUAAUGGUUACAAUGACCUAAUUAUCUCCAAGCACAUGGAAAUACAGUUUACACCCAUAAGAAAAUAACAAAUAUAUAACUUUAAUAUUUGAAUACGAAAAUGGUUCAUGUGACCAUUCGCUGGAUAGCUCAGAUCUGAGCGCACAAGAUGUAUGAAUCGCGCUCAGAUCUCAAAAGGAUGACCGAGUUCUGAUGUCUGUUCGUACAAUCUUGGGCCGAACAGAUGGGACAACUGCCUCUUAGCGGGAUUCGUGCAGUUCCAUUGCUGAUUACAGUUCCGGAGAUUUUACUACAAAGUACCGCUGAACCCUCGCUGGCAACAAGAUGGCCACUGCCUGGUGUUCGGUAUGCAAACUGCAACCACCUGGGGUUAGAUACUUAGCUUGCGGUUAACCGCAGAAACCCUCACCUAAUUGAGAACACAUGCCAGAUACGGGUGGUCGUCGUUCGACAGUUCUUUUGUAUAUUUAGUACGGUCCUCGUUCGUCUAAUUGGAACGAGCGAGGCCACCUGGAUUCCGAUUAAUUAGCCUGUGGUUUACCACAAACUGCAGCUCCUGUGCGGUUAAUUGUUGGCAUACUGCGCCGUUAUGGUCGAUCGUUCAUUGGGUCUUUCGGUGGUUUGAAAGGUGACUGAGGCUAAGUAGAGACACACGACAAGGGCUGGGUGGUCUGCUGUUCGUAUAUACGAAUGGGUAGCACUGUUCAUUCAUGUAUCUGAGAAUAGGGAAGUAUCCAAACAGUGAUAACAAAUUAUCCAUAGUAGUGGCAACAGUAACCAAAAUGUAGAAAAAUAUUGCUCUUGUAGCAGACUGGGGGGCUUCCGUAACAGUAUUGUUGACGCGAGGGACCCUAAUGUACUCAUGUACAUUCUGACUUUUUUGUGCUUUGGAGAAGCUCUGAUAUCUUGAUCAUUAUAUGAGCAAUGCAGUCGUGAGACAAGGGAAUUUGUAGAUUCUUGCAUAUUUAUUCUUGCCCAAAGAAUAGUUUCUGGAUAGAACUGAGUUGCUCUUGUCUUUUUGUUAGCCAGCCGAUACGCUGCAGAGUACAGAUAACUUCCUGUGAUAUUCUUGGGCUACGAUAAGGAUGUCGUCCAAAUAGUGAAAGAUUUGUAUCCCUCUCUUCUUCAGAACUCCUACGAUCGUGAUUAUAGUUUUAGAAAAUGUUCUGGGUGCUAGAUUUUACCCAAAUGGCAUCCCCUGGAACUGGUAGUGUUUCCCCAGUAUGCAGAAUUUCAAAUUUUUGGUGAGCAUGAUAUAUAGGUAUUUGGUAAUAUGCAUCUCUUAAAUCGAUUUGUUAACCAACCCCUCAGUGAAUUGUCUCAAUCUGGAAUGACCUGCUUUUGAGGAAAGUGAUUCUUUUCCAGUCUAGUAUGUCUCAACUUUCCCUGGAGCUUUGGAGACAAAUAUUUUAGUAGAAUUCUUUGUAUCUCUCAACGAACUUCUUCUUGUGUAGUAAGUUGUUGUAAACGCCUCCAUUGCCUUCAGUCCUAUUCCAGAUGACACUGACUGAUGGAACUGAUUCUUCAGAAUUCUUUGAACUCUAUUCUGUAACCAUCUGCUACUCAGGACCCAAUUGUCCUUGAUGAACUCUGCCCAGACUGGAAAGAACCAUUUUAGACUGCAUCCUACUUUUCCGGUCUUGGUGAUCCAACCUUCAUAACGUUUUAGGAGUUUGUCUGAGUCCUCUUCCUCUGGAUCCUCUAAUGGAGGAGGAUUGUUGAAACCUCCAUUGUGAGGGUCUAGAGUACUCCCUUCCAGGCUUAUGACUUGCUGUCAUGAAGAGUCCUCUUUGUUUUACUUAGCUCUCCAUGACAUGCUAAAUGCUCUUCAGUAGGAUUGAGGUGGAAAAGCGUGUGGUUUUUUUUUUUGUUUUUGUUUUUUUUCUGGCAGCAGCCUUUUGUAUAGCAUUGUCUAAAAUUUUCCCAGUCUAUCCCCUUGAAAGGGUAAGGCACAAAGGUUGGCUUUGGAGGAAUAGUUUGCUCCCUAAGAGUGGAGCCAGAGUGCUCUUCUAGAGGCUACUGAUAAGGCAAGAUUUUUGGACAACGAUUCUGUAAUCCUAAUACAUACAAGGCGGAGUUUCUUGCUUAUUCUAUUAACAGAUCUGGGAUGUAAACAUCCUACAAUAAAAUACAGGAAAAACACAAUGGUGCAAUACUUUUAUUACUACAAAGUGCACACAACCAUAAAAUGGUAUUUAAAAUCCAAAUAGCCUUACAGUUUAAGGAGAGUCCUUGGGUAUCUGUAAGUCAUGUGCAAAACACGUUUUACCUCUUAGAGGCUUCUUCACCUCUAAGGUGUUUAGUUUCUUACACUGUUGAAUCUCUCACUGGGAUUCUGUUCUCUCAUUGCAUUAAAGAUUUUGUAAUGUCCAGGGCUGGACAUUACAGCCUAACAUCUUUCAGAGAACUUAGAAGAUAUAGCCAGCAGAGUAAGCAGAUAUCUUAUAAAUUGUCAAUCCAGACUUUCACGCUUCUAGUUACUGAUGUGAGUGCUGCUGGACGUAAUCCCAAUCCAAUGGCAAGAUCGCAUUUAACUAGGAUAGAAUCAAUCAUUUUAUCCAUGGGCUCUUUUAAUUAACCCAUGCUGUCUAUAGGGAGCAUAGUUUUCGUCAGCAGCCAAAUCACUGCAGCAUCAAUUUUAGCAAUUGUUUCCCAGUGCUUAGCUUCAAUGGAGAAUGAAUACAUUCUUGACACUUUGGUCUGAAGAGUCUGUUUUUGUGUUUCGACCCUUUAGAAUAAAUUCUGUAAAUAGUAGAAUGAAGUGGGAAUGUAAGCCUGGAAGAUCUUAAGUCUUUAAAGUAUACAUCUAAAGCAGCAGUUUUGUAUCGUACCUCCUGAAUUUUCAAAGUGCUUCUCACUAACUAUUAACUUAUUCACUUUCCUGGAGUCUAAUGAUUUAUUCCAGGCUUCAUACUAUUCAUCCUCUUCAGAGUCCAGUUCAGGUUGUUCCAUAUCUUAGAUACUGAAGCGACAGGUUUCUCUGUACCUUUUGGUUGCCCCUUUGGAUACUGGUUGAAAAACUUCAGCAAUGGCAUCAGUAAUCCAUUUUUAAAAAUCUGUUUAGAGUGACCUUGUAUGUGAUUGUCUCUCAGCCACAUUGGAAACAUAAGUUCUUCUCCUCUGGGGCCUUAGAACCACAGCCCAUGCCGCGAUAUUAGUUUUUGUUUCUUUUUCCGUGGAGAGCAUUCAUGGGAGUUUCUAGGGCUGUAAUGACAAGGUCAUAUGUUAGAACUUUUAGGCUCAUAUGUUAGAACAAUGCGCUUUUUUUUUUUUCUUUCUGAAACUGGACUCUCUUCUAGAUUCGCUCCUAAGGGAGGUGGGAGAAGAAGCAAUCUAUAAAUAUAGAAAGAAGAGUGAAAAAUAAUUGAACACUUACCUCUGUGUAGAAGACUGACAAGAAGGUAGAGGAAUUUGAACUUAAAGUUCUUGCAACAAUUAAAUUUUUCCGGUAAAACUACUAUGCUGCAAUAUGUUUUUAUACCACUAGCAUGCUCAUUAUGGUUUUAGGGCAAGUUUACUGCGCAUGUGCAAAAUUGGCGAAAGCUUAAAUACGGUAACUUUAAAACUGCGGCCGCCAUCCUGAAAUCAGAGCAGACAGGGGCUCCUAACUUGCCAAAAUGUGACCAAGAAGGUUCCAACCAAAGGAAAGUUGAUUACGUACCUCACUACUGAGGUGGGAGGGCCUGAACUCCCACUGGCAGAACCAUAUUAAAAUUUUCUCAUUACCAUGUUCAUGUGGGAUCCAGCCUAUCAGCUGAGACAGGAAAAAAGACUGGGGAGUUUGGGAGGGGGGGCUUAAACAAUUAAGAAUUUUCAAUAUAAGUAUUCCUGUCCUGACAGCUGGGGAGGAACUAACCCAUAAGUGAUGCUGCCAUGUUUGGCCAGGAAAUAGUAAUUUUGUGCCUCUUUGAUUUCCACAUAUCUCAACUUAUCCUCUAUAUUCUGUUUGCAGGUUGUAGGAGAAGAACUUCUUAAACGUAACCACAAUGUAGUAUAUGCUAAAAGAGCAGGAUCAGUGGUCCAGGCUAUAGUACGAACUGGAAACAAAUGGGCAGCUGCUUGUGACUCACGGAAGGGAGGAUAUCCAGCAGGCUAUUGAUUCAGGCCUUCAAAUAGUGACUAUGUAACUGGUGCCUCUACUAACUGACUUUCUACACCAUUUUACAAUGGAUUGGCUCCAACAAAGUUUUCUUGUUGUAAAUUAACUGGUAUUCCUGCUUCUGUUACAGGAAAUGAUUAUAGGACAAACUUGAACAAGAUACAUUUUUCAGGAUCUACUAAAGAAAAACGAUAAACACCAUCCUCUGCACUGACACUCCAUUCCACUAGAGGGGGGAAAAAACUUAUGUUUGAAAAUGCAUGAAACAAAUCUGCUCAACAAAGGGACCAAAGAAAAUGUCUGGAUAUGGCCAUGGUCCUCCAAGACCACAUCUUUCAUGCCCAGGAUAAUGGGAAAUAUCUGAGGUUUCAGCAAUGAAAUACACUGGGCAGGUGCUGUAGAAGUUGUGCCAAACUUUAUGCUGUGAAUCUGUGCCUUCUGUAGAACUUUACAAGUGUACCACUCUGUGAGCAGUACUGUAGGGGUGGGUUUUUCAUGCUUUUUUGGUGGGUGUACAUAGGGAACUCAAAGAGCGUUUCCAGCUCAGGUUAAUGAGAAGUUGGCUGCCUUGUCUCCGUCCAAUAAAUUGAUCAUUUCAGUACAUGGCUUUAUAUUUAUAGAUUAAUUUUUUUGAUCCAUGACUUCUGACUUGUUUCCACACUGGUCAAGAAACUAGAGAUUUGAAAUGAGUGGUCUGUGACAUAUUAAACCCUUUAAAACUAAUUCCACAACUGGACUCCUGCAGAAAAUAAAGCAUUAAUAAAAAAAACUAUGCGUGCUCUACAUCAAAUUCACAUAUCAAUGUUAUCCACUAUUGGUUGAAUGUGUAGUAGCUAAUUUGAUUAAAAUCUGUCCUAUUGAAAUGCCUGAAAGUGCUUAGAUCAAUGGUUCCCAAACCUCUUUAGGUUCAAGGCACUUAAUUGUUCAAUAUUUUUCCAAGGUUCCCCAAGUUAGAACAAUUUCUAGGUAUAUGUACAACCCACUGUUACAUAUAAUAGGCCCCUGUUCAGCAGAAAUGUUUCCCUAUCUGGGGUGGAUCCAGAACCUAAUCUCGGGAGGGGAACUGGUAGAUUAUUUAAAGAAACAAUCCAGGCACAAUAACCACUACAGCAUGCUUAAGAACAGUUUGACAACUUACUGCCAAGAUAGGGGCUGUGGUAGGGGAUAGGGGCAGUGAUAGGUGGGUGUGUGAGGGUGCAUUGUGUGGGAGAAUUAUUGUGGGUCUAUUGGGUUGGAUGGUAGAAUAAUAAAUAUAAAAUUAUUAAAAAUAUUGAUAUACCCCCCCCUUCCUGCUUACCUUUUGCCUGGGAGUGGGAUAGUACUAAUCCCUGGUGGUCAAAGUGGUGAGUGAACUCUAGCAGCUUCAAGAGCUGCUAGAAUUCACUCUUGUGAGAUUCA